AUGGCAUCUUGCUCAGUCCUGCAGCCACGGUGGAAGCGGGUUUUGGGUUGGUCCGGUCCUGUCCCUCGGCCCCGACACGGGCACCGUGCGGUUGCAAUCAAAGAAUUAAUGGUCGUUUUCGGGGGGGGCAAUGAAGGAAUUGUGGAUGAGUUGCAUGUUUAUAACACAGGUAAGGUUUAACGUCCAGUGCUUCAUGCAUAAAUGUAGUACAUAUAUUGUUAAAUCUUAGCUAACUUAACGUUAACAUGUUUAGCAAUUGGAUACCAACUAGCGUAGCGCUUCCGCUAAAUUGUGCUAGUCGGUUUUUGGACUGUAGUUAACUAGCAAUGUUGGAUACAUGGAAAUAUAAUGUAUGGUUGGCUAACUAACUACCUAUACAUAUUAUAUUAACCAAGUACUUAAUCCGUUUAUGCAUUGUCGUUCAACACAGUAAAUUAGCAAUGCACCUCUGUGGUUGGUAGUGGGUAAAUGGUUGAAAUGUGACGUCUGUAUUGGUUAUAUUUCGCAUGGUAAGGAAGCGCCAGUGUUGACGUGCGGUGAAAUGUAAUGGGGUCAGUAGUUAACUCUGUGGGUAAUGGCUCGCCUAGGGUGCUGAUUGGAGAGAAAAUCCAGAGGAAAAUGGCGGGUUAAUAGAAAACAGCGACGUCAUAAUAUCAACAAAGAUCAAUCAUUAUUACGUUUACAUUUGAGUCAUUUAGCAGACGCUCUUAUCCAGAGCGACUUAGUCAUGCGUGCAUACAUUUUUGUGUAUGGGUGGUCCCGGGAAUCGAACCCACAACCCUGGCGUUGCAUGCGCCACGCUCUACCAACUGAGUUACUCGAGUCUGUCUUUUUUGAAGACUAAUCCAUGAUUAAUCCAUGUUGUGCUAUUUUUUAUAAGCAUACCUUUGUGAGAAAAGCCGCACUGUAAAAUGGGCAUAUCAAAGAGUGGGCCGCCAACAGAAAUGGCAACAAUGCGAUGAUAAACACAUAAAACAUUCCAUUCACGCACAAGAGCACUUUAUUUCUAUGGUCUGUCAGUGGUGCAGCAUCAGGUUUUUGACUUUCCAUAUUGGCAUAUCUUGUAGUCUAUAUUAUUAAUUGAGAACACUAGAAUUCUCAGACUGCGGAUUUGACAGUUUUUUUUUUUAGUUAAACAGGUUAUUACUACCUUAACGUUUGUACCUAGCAGGGAGUGGUCAUUAAUCUAAGAGUUAAUUGUGUUUCAGCGACCAACCAGUGGUUCAUUCCUGCUGUCCGUGGUGAUAUCCCGCCUGGCUGUGCUGCGUAUGGGUUUGUGUGUGAUGGCACCAGGCUGCUGGUGUUCGGGGGGAUGGUGGAGUAUGGUAAAUACAGCAAUGAUCUGUAUGAACUGCAGGUAAGUGCUCAGCCCACAGAAUAAAGCUCUGAUAGUUUUAGUGGGAUUUUGGGGUGUUAACACUAAACUGUUUGCACAAACAACUCUGUAUAUUAUUUUCUGUCAAUUUUUAAACCAACAAAACACAUUUUCCUUGUAAUUUCUAUGUUGUGCAUCAGAUGUGUCUGCAUAGGCUAGAUGGAGACCUUAGGGCCACACCCAAGCUUGUUAGUGAGUUAUGAUCUACAUGAUGUUAUUUUCUCCGGCUGUCCCCAGGCCAGCCGCUGGGAGUGGAAGCGUCUGAAGGCCAAGUCUCCUAAGAACGGCCCCCCUCCCUGCCCCCGUCUGGGCCACAGCUUCUCUCUGGUAGGGAACAAAUGCUUCCUGUUCGGAGGACUGGCUAACGACAGCGAGGACCCCAAGAACAACAUCCCCAGGUAUGCUACAUCAAUGAACAAAAAAAAUAUAAACGCGACAUGCAACAAUUUCAAAGAUUUUACUGAGCUACAGUUCAUAUAAGGAACCGCGUUCCCAGCACAUACUGGGCUGCCUUCACCACCCGCUGGAGGGCAUUGGGAUUCUUAAUGCGGGAAAACAUUUUGAAAGCAGUUUGGGCCUUUUGUUUAAAAAAAGAAGGGAUCACAGCUUUUUCAUUGCUACCACGUUUAUUUCUCGACUCUUUCAAUUGCGCGAGUGGCGUCGCUUUACAAAUGCAGUUACAGUUGGCGUUUCCAACCUCUCUCAAGCAUAUUAGGUGCAGCAACAGAGCUCUUAAAGGGCGAGUGGUGUCUUAAAAGGUGAAUGACGUAGGCCUACUUUGGAAUAGAAACAACAAGAAAUUUCUGAGUGAAUAAUAAUUAAUUAUAGGGGUGUAACGAUCCAUCUACUACAUCGAUGUAUCUAUUUAUAUUCCUAUGAUCCAACUACAUCGAUCUGUGCUCGGCGAGUUGGCCUUUUGGACAACAUAUAUCAAUCUAACAUCGUUUUAAAAUGUAAUAAAUCGAUUGUAUCGAUACUAGGAAAUAACCCAUUGGAUUUAAGCACGUCAGACUUUAUAUGGAUGUUUUUUCUUAGCACUUUUAAUGAUAAAGGCUUUAAACAUUACUCGAUUCAGUCUGCCUAUUCGUGACGUCAUUGCCCCGCGCCAGCAGCAGCGCAAAGGCGCAAAGACAACAAAACAUAGCAUGGCGGACGACAGAGGAGAAGCCGACGAGCGAGAAAUUAUCAAUUGAAUUUCUAAGCAAACAGCGGGAGGCAGGGCUUUCUCCUAUAGAUCUCCAUUUUUAUGGAACAGUCUGCCUACCCAUGUGAGAGACGCAGACUCGGUCUCAACCUUUAAGUCUUUACUGAAGACUUAUCUCUUCAGUAGGUCAUAUGAUUGAGUGUAGUCUGGCCCAGGAGUGUGAAGGUGAACGGAAAGGCUGGAGCAACGAACAGCCCUUGCUGUCUCUGCCAGGCCGGUUCCCCUCUCCACUGGGGUUCUCUGCCUCUAACCCUGUUGCAGGGGCUGAGUCACUGGCUUGCUGGUGCUCUUUCAUGCCGUCCCUGGGAGGGGUGCGUCACUUGAGUGGGUUGAGUUACUGACGUGAUCUUCCUGUCUGGGUUGGCGCCCCCCCCCUUGGUUUGUGCUGUGGUGGAGACCUCUGUGGGCUAUACUCGGCCUUGUCUCAGGAUUGUAAGUUGGUGGUUGGGGAUAUCCCUCUAGUGGUGCGGGGGCUGUGCUUUGGCGGAGUGGGUGGGGUUAUAUCCUUCCUGUUUGGCCCUGUCCGGGGGUUUCUUCGGAUGGGGCCACAGUGUCUCCGGACCGCUCCUGUCUCAGCCUCCAGUAUUUAUGCUGCAGUAGUUUAUGUGUCGGGGGGCUGGGGUUAGUUGGUUAUACCUGGAGUACUUCUCCUGUCUUAUCCAGUGUCCUGUGUGAAUUUAAGUAUGCUCUCUCUAAUUCUCUCGUUCUCUCUUUCUCUCUGAGAACCUGAGCCCUAGGACCAUACGUCAGGACUACCGGGCAUGAUGACACCUUGCUGUCCCCAGUCCGCCUGGCCUUGCUGCUAUUCCAGUUUCAACUGUUCUGCCUGCGGCUACGAAACCCCUACCUGUCCCAGACCUGCUGUUUUCAACUCUUAAUGAUCGGCUAUGAAAAGCCAACUGAGAGACCUGAGCCCUAGGACCAUACGUCGGGACUACCGGCCGUGGUGACUCCUUGCUGUCCCCAGUCUGCCUGGCCUUGCUGCUAUUCCAGUUUAAACUGUUCUGCCUGCGGUUAUGGAACCCCUACCUGUCCCAGACCUGCUGUUUUCAACUCUUAAUGAUCGGCUAUGAAAAGCCAACUGAGAUUUAUUCCUGAUUAUUAUUUGACCAUGCUUGUCACUUAUGAACAUUUUUGAACAUCUUGGCAUGGUUCUGUUAUAAUCUCCACCCGGCACAGCCAGAAGAGGACUGGCCACCCCUCAUAGCCUGGUUCCUCUCUAGGUUUCUUCCUAGGUUUUCGCCUUUCUAGGGAGUUUUUCCUAGCCACCGUGCUUCUACACCUGCAUUACUAGCUGUUUGGGGGUUUUAGGCUGGGUUUCUGUACAGCACUUCGAGAUAUUAGCUGAUGUAAGAAGGGCUAUAUAAAAUAAAAUUGAUUGAUUGAUCAAGCCACCAUUGCGGUCCUUACAAGAAACAGGAAUCUAGGAAACUUCACCUGCACUGUCCAGUAUCCAGGUAUUUAUUUCAGUCACACUGGUUGAAUUUUUGGCUAAAAGGUUACUGAAUCGAUUUCAAGUCACUGAAUCGUUUCGGAUCGUAUCGUUCUAAAUGAACCAAUAUCGUCCUUGAAUCGUAUCGACAACCACGAAUCGUGGUCCUGUAAGUCGCUCUGGAUAAGAGCGUCUGCUAAAUGACUAAAAUGUAAAUGUAAAUGUACACCCCUAAUUAAUUAUAUUCAGUGCAUUCGGAAAGUAUUCAGACCCCUUGACCUUUUUCAACAUUUUGUUUGGUUACAGCCUUAUUCGAAAAUUUAUUUAAAUGUUUUUCCUCAUCAAUCUACACACAAUACCCUAUAAUGACAAAGCGAAAAAUGUUUUUGGGGAAUUUUAGCAAAUUUAUUGCAAUUAAAAAACCUAUACCUUAUUUACAUAAGUAUUUAGACCCUUUGCUAUGAGACUCGAUAUUGAGUUCAGGUGCAUCCUGUUUCCAUUGAUCAUCCUUGAGAUGUUUCUACAACUUGAUUGGAGUCCACCUGUGGUAAAUUCAAUUGAUUGGACAUGAUUUGGAAAGGCACACACCUGUCCAUUUAAGGUCCCACAGUUGACAGUGCAUGUCAGAGCAAAAACCAAGCCAUGAGGUCGAAGGAAUUGUCCGUAGAUCUCAGAGACAGGAUUUUGACGAGUCACAGAUCUGGGGAAGGGUACCAAAACAUUUCUGCAGCAUUGAAGGUCCCCAAGAACAGUGGCCUCCAUCAUUCUUAAAAUGGAAGAAGUUUGGAACCACCAAGACUCUUCCUAGAGCUGUCCCCCCGGAUAAACUGAGCAAUCGGGGGAGAAGGGCCUUGGUCAGGGAGGUGACCAAGAACCCGAUGGUCACUCUGACAGAGCUCCAGAGUUCCUCUGUGGAGAUGGGAGAACCUUCCAGAAGGACAACCAUCUCUGCAGCACUCCACCAAUCAGGCCUUUAUGGUAGAGUGGCCAGACGGAAGCCACUCCUCAGUAAAAGGCACAUGACAGCCGACUUGGAGUUUGCUAAAAGGCACGUAAAGGACUCUCCGACCAUGAGAAACAAGAUUCUCUGGCCUGGAACUCUUUGGCCUGAAUGCCAAGUGUCACGUCUUGAGGAAACCUGGCACCAUCCCCACUAGUGAAGCAUGGUGGUGGCAGCAUCAUGCUGUGGGGAUGUUUUUCAGCGGCAGGGACUGGGAGACUAGUCAGGAUUGAGAGAAAGUACAGAGAGAUUCUUGAUGAAAACCUGCUCCGGACCUCAGACUGGGGAGAAGGUUCAGCUUCCAAACAGGACAAUGACCCUAAGCACACAGCCAAGACAAGGCAGGAGUGGCUUCAGGACCACAUAUUUUUGUACCCUUUAGUGUGUACUUUACUGUGUUUUAUACCUGGGAUAUCACUUUUCAAUAGUGACUCACAGUACACACUGAUCCCUGUUGGGGUUGAACCCAUAACCUUGCCGAACUCUAUAGAUGGAGGGAGGCUGUAAUCUUCCUGGCAUCAUGAGACAGAGGAGCAUCAGGGCCUGCAGCUAACUCUGGGUCUACCAUCCAGUGGGGCCCUGUCAAACAUAGCAACAUAUAGCACAAUUUAGUCUUUAAAAAAACAUUAUUAUUAAUUUUUUUUUUUUUGAGUUAGAGGAACGAUAGAAGAACAGAAUGAAAAAUAACGUUACUUCCCUUUCUCUCCCUCUCCUCCUCCCAGAUACCUGAAUGAUCUGUAUACGUUGGAGCUGCGUGCCGGCUCCAGUGUGGUGGGCUGGGACAUCCCCGUCACCUACGGGGUGCUGCCCCCGCCCAGAGAGAGCCACACUGCCGUGGUCUACACAGAGAAGACCUCCAAGAAGUCACGUCUUGUCAUCUAUGGAGGCAUGAGCGGCUGUCGUCUGGGGGAUCUGUGGAUCUUAGACAUAGGUGAGUGGUGGCUCGAGUUCCUGCCCAACUAGAAAAUCAUUUUGUCUAGAUGGGGUACACGUGGUGUACGCAGUACAGUGACCUGCUGACUGGCAGGUUGCAUUGGAUCAACCAAUGGCUGCAUGCCACGUCAUGGACUGUGCAGUCAGGUUGUUAUAUCAUGUUAUGUUAACACCUAUCCAGGCGUUGUAAGUCACUUUACACAAGAAACUCAGCAGGAUCAAAAGCAAUAAAAUCACACGUUAAAAUAAGUACACUAAACAACAGGACAGGAGAGAAUCCGGGUUAUUCUAUGAAGUGGUAUACUGUAUGUAUUGUAUUGUGAACUUUCUAGCAGGUUUCCUGGACCCAGAUUAAGCCUACUCCUGGGCGGAUAUGAUUUAAAAUGGAGACCAUUCUGUAACUUGCCUUUUUAGUACAGGAACUGGAUGAGUCCGUUUCUUUCCUCUGCAGACACCCUGACGUGGAAUAAGCCUUCUAUCAACGGAACACCUCCUCUCCCUCGCAGCCUCCACUCUGCUACAACCAUCACCAACAAGUCAGUUAAAUGUGAUGUUUUAAAAUGCUACGACUUCUAUGUGCAUAUGUGAUCCCUGUUGGAAUUGAACCCACCGAGUUGGCGUUGCUGGCUCCUACCAACUGAGCCACAGGAUCAUACUCAUGGCCGUCUUUAUUCCUCACAAACUCACCUGUCCCACCUCUCUCCUCCUGUCUCUCCUCUCCUGUCGCUCUCGUCUCGCUCCUGUCUCUCUCUCCUCCCUCUCUCCUCUCCUCUCCUCUCUCUCCUCUCCUCUCUCUCUCCUGCCUCUCUCUCCUCUCCUGCCUCUCUCCUCUCCUCUCUCUCUCCUCUCCUGCCUCUCUCUCCUUUCCUGCCUCUCUCUCCUUUCCUGCCUCUCUCUCCUCUCCUGCCUCUCUCUCCUCUCCUGCCUCUCUCUCCUCUCCUGCCUCUCUCUCCUCUCCUGCCUCUCUCUCCUCUCCUGCCUCUCUCUCCUCUCCUGCCUCUCUCUCCUCUCCUGCCCCUCUCUCCUCUCCUGUCUCUCUCUCCUCCUCUCCUCUCCUCUCUCGCCUCUCCUGCCUCUCUCUCUCUCCUCUCCUGCCUCUCUCUCCUCUCUCCUCGCUCCUGUCUCUCUCUCCUCCCUCUCUCUCUCUCCUCUCUCCUCCUCCUCCUCCUCCUCUCCUCUCCUCUCCUCUCCUCUCCUCUCCUCUCUCCUCUCCUCUCCCUCUCGCCUCUCCUGCCUCUCUCUCCUCCUCUCCUGCCUCUCUCUCCUCCUCUCCUCUCUCCUCUCUCCUCUCUCUCUCCUCUCCUCCUCUCCUCUCCUCUCCUCUCCUCUCCUCCCUCUCCUCUCCUCUCCUCUCCUCUCCUUUCCGUCUCCUCUCCUGCUCCUCCUUCUCUCCUCCCCUCCUCCUCCUCCUCUCCGCCUCCCUCUCCUCUCCUCGCCUCCCUCCUCGCCUCUCCUCGCCUCUUCCUCGCCUCUCUCCUCUCUCCUCGUCCUCUCCUCUCUCUCUCCUCUCCUCCCCUCUCCUCCUCCCUCUUCCUCUCUCCCCCUCCCCCCCUCUCUCGUCUCUCUCCUCCUCUCUGCCUCUCUCUCCUCCUCCUGCCUCUCUCCUCCCUCGCUCCUUCUCUCUCUCCUCCUCCCUCUCUCCUCCUCUCCUCCCUCUCUCCUCGCUCUCCUCUCCUCUCCUGCCUCUCCUCUCCUGCCUCUCUCUCCUUCUCUCUCUCUCCUCUCCUCUCCUGCCUCUCUCCUAUUCUCCUCUCUCUCUCCUCCUCUCCCGCCUCUCCUCUCCCGCCUCUCUCUCCUCUCCUGCCUCUCCUCUCCUGCCUCUCCUCUCCUGCCUCUCUCUCCUCGCCUCUCCUGCCUCUCUCUCCUCUCCUCCCCUCUCCUCUCCCUCUCUCCUCUCCUCCCCUCUCCUCCCCCUCUCUCGUCUCUCUCUCGUCUCUCUCUCCUCUCCUGCCUCUCUCUCCUUUCCUCUCCUCCCUCUCUCCUAUCUCUCCUCUCCUGCCUCUCUCUCCUAUCCUGUCUCUCUCUCCUCUCCUCUCCUGCCUCUCUCCUCUCCUCGCCUCGCCUCGCCUCGCCUCGCCUCGCCUCGCCUCGCCUCGCCUCGCCUCCCCCUCUCUCUCCUCUCCUCGUCUCUCUCUCUCCUGUCUCACUCUCUCUCCUCUCCUGUCUCACACCGAUCUCACCUCUCGCUCUCUCACCUGUCUGUCCUGUAACAGGAUGUAUGUGUUCGGAGGCUGGGUUCCCCUGGUGAUGGAUGACGUCAAAGUAGCGACACACGAAAAGGAGUGGAAGUGCACCAACACGCUGGCCUGUCUCAACCUAGGUAUGUCAGUCUCACCAACACACUGGCCUGUCUCAACCUAGGUAUGUCAGUCUGACCAACACACUGGCCUGUCUCAACCUAGGUAUGUCAGUCUCACCAACACACUGGCCUGUCUCAACCUAGGUAUGUCAGUCUGACCAACACACUGGCCUGUCUCAACCUAGGUAUGUCAGUCUGACCAACACACUGGCCUGUCUCAACCUAGGUAUGUCAGUCUCACCAACACACUGGCCUGUCUCAACCUAGGUAUGUCAGUCUCACCAACACACUGGCCUGUCUGUAUGUCAGUCUCACCAACACACUGGCCUGUCUCAACCUAGGUAUGUCAGUCUCACCAACACACUGGCCUGUCUCAACCUAGGUAUGUCAGUCUCACCAACACACUGGCCUGUCUCAACCUAGGUAUGUCAGUCUGGCUGACCAACACACUGGCCUGUCUCAACCUAGGUAUGUCAGUCUGGCCAACACACUGGCCUGUCUCAACCUAGGUAUGUCAGUCCUGACCAACACACUGGCCUGUCUCAACCUAGGUAUGUCAGUCUGACCAACACACUGGCCUGUCUCAACCUAGGUAUGUCAGUCUGACCAACACACUGACCUGUCUCAACCUAGGUAUGUCAGUCUGGCUGACCAACACACUGGCCUGUCUCAACCUAGGUAUGUCAGUCUGGCUGACCAACACACUGGCCUGUCUCAACCUAGGUAUGUCAGUCUGGCUGACCAACACACUGGCCUGUCUCAACCUAGGUAUGUCAGUCUGGCUGACCAACACACUGGCCUGUCUCAACCUAGGUAUGUCAGUCUGGCUGACCAACACACUGGCCUGUCUCAACCUAGGUAUGUCAGUCUGACCAACACACUGGCCUGUCUCAACCUAGGUAUGUCAGUCUGACCAACACACUGGCCUGUCUCAACCUAGGUAUGUCAGUCUGACCAACACACUGGCCUGUCUCAACCUAGGUAUGUCAGUCUGACCAACACACUGGCCUGUCUCAACCUAGGUAUGUCAGUCUGUCCAACACACUGGCCUGUCUCAACCUAGGUAUGUCAGUCUGACCAACACACUGGCCUGUCUCAACCUAGGUAUGUCAGUCUGGCUGACCAACACACUGGCCUGUCUCAACCUAGGUAUGUCAGUCUCACCAACACACUGGCCUGUCUCAACCUAGGUAUGUCAGUCUGACCAACACACUGGCCUGUCUCAACCUAGGUAUGUCAGUCUGACCAACACACUGGCCUGUCUCAACCUAGGUAUGUCAGUCUGACCAACACACUGGCCUGUCUCAACCUAGGUAUGUCAGUCUCACCAACACACUGGCCUGUCUCAACCUAGGUAUGUCAGUCUGACCAACACACUGGCCUGUCUCAACCUAGGUAUGUCAGUCUGGCUGACCAACACACUGGCCUGUCUCAACCUAGGUAUGUCAGUCUGACCAACACACUGACCUGUCUCAACCUAGGUAUGUCAGUCUGACCAACACACUGGCCUGUCUCAACCUAGGUAUGUCAGUCUCACCAACACACUGGCCUGUCUCAACCUAGGUAUGUCAGUCUGACCAACACACUGACCUGUCUCAACCUAGGUAUGUCAGUCUGACCAACACACUGGCCUGUCUCAACCUAGGUAUGUCAGUCUCACCAACACACUGGCCUGUCUCAACCUAGGUAUGUCAGUCUGACCAACACACUGGCCUGUCUCAACCUAGGUAUGUCAGUCUCACCAACACACUGGCCUGUCUCAACCUAGGUAUGUCAGUCUGACCAACACACUGACCUGUCUCAACCUAGGUAUGUCAGUCUGACCAACACACUGGCCUGUCUCAACCUAGGUAUGUCAGUCUCACCAACACACUGGCCUGUCUCAACCUAGGUAUGUCAGUCUGACCAACACACUGGCCUGUCUCAACCUAGGUAUGUCUGUCUGACCAACACACUGGCCUGUCUCAACCUAGGUAUGUCAGUCUGACCAACACACUGGCCUGUCUCAACCUAGGUAUGUCUGUCUGACCAACACACUGGCCUGUCUCAACCUAGGUAUGUCAGUCUCACCAACACACUGGCCUGUCUCAACCUAGGUAUGUCAGUCUGACCAACACACUGGCCUGUCUCAACCUAGGUAUGUCAGUCUCACCAACACACUGGCCUGUCUCAACCUAGGUAUGUCAGUCUCACCAACACACUGGCCUGUCUCAACCUAGGUAUGUCAGUCUGACCAACACACUGGCCUGUCUCAACCUAGGUAUGUCAGUCUGACCAACACACUGGCCUGUCUCAACCUAGGUAUGUCAGUCUGACCAACACACUGGCCUGUCUCAACCUAGGUAUGUCAGUCUCACCAACACACUGGCCUGUCUCAACCUAGGUAUGUCAGUCUCACCAACACACUGGCCUGUCUCAACCUAGGUAUGUCAGUCUCACCAACACACUGGCCUGUCUCAACCUAGGUAUGUCAGUCUGACCAACACACUGGCCUGUCUCAACCUAGGUAUGUCAGUCUGAUUGACCAACCAGUCUCUUAGAUAAAAUUGCCUAAAAAUUACAACAUUUGGUGCUCAGUGUUUUAUAAAACGUUGACCCCCCCCCCUAAAAAAAACGAAAUUCAAACGACAAACGUGCCUCAGCAACAAUUUACCUCUCAACUGAUUUAAUGUAAAAUGCUAUCCCUCCUUCCCUACUGUUUCCAUUGACAAUCAAAUUGUAUUGCACCAGACUCGAUGGUGUGGGAGUCGGUUCUGAUGGACUCUCUAGAGGAUAACAUGCCAAGAGCCCGGGCCGGACACUGCUCCGUAGCCAUCAAUUCACGCCUCUACGUCUGGAGUGGACGGGACGGGUACCGUAAGGCCUGGAACAACCAGGUGUGCUGCAAGGACCUCUGGUACCUAGAGACAGGUGAGUUCACUUUUCACUUUAUCAGUUAGUAUGACACUGGUUUGUUCAGAAAGAUGCUUGUGUGUGUGUUAAUGUGUGUGUUAAUUGAAAAAUGUAUUUUUAAAAUACGAAAUGUUUAAUGAUUUAAUCAGGUGGUUAUUUUGUAAAUCCUAACUGCUGCUCUUGUUUUUUAAUUUUUUAUUCGUCUCCCCACAGAGAAGCCCCGCCCCCCGUCACGGGUGCAGUUGGUGAGAGCCAACACCAGCAGCCUGGAGGUGAGCUGGGGGGAAGUACCUACUGCAGACACCUUCCUGCUGCAACUGCAGAAGUACGAUAUCCCCCCCGCCACGGCUGCCACUUCCCCCGGCGUCAGCCCCUCGACGUCACUACCGGUCGGUUCCUCCCCCAAGAGCCCCGUCACAGCCUCGGCCAUGUCCGUCCAUGGCCACCCUCCCCAGGGCAUCACCCUGGUCCCCUCCCCUACCACCUCCAUGCCUGCGAGUCCACUGGCUGCACGCGGACCAGGUAACCACUACUUUUACAUUUUUAGUCAUUUAGCGGACGCUCUUAUCCGGAGCGACUUAGUUAGUGAGUGCAUCCAUUUUCACGACUUACUGACGGUUUUAUGUUAGGCUACUACUGUGGUAUGUUAAAUGCUGUAUUUUCAUUUCCCUGUAACUUCUCAAUACUAAGUAGAUUGUUGAGACUAUGGUGAAGUUUGGACAGCACGUCUGUUUUGAUUUAUAAUUUUUUACAUCAAAACAAAAUCAAAUGGUUUCUUUCCAGAUCAGCCACCAUCUAAACAUGGUUUUUUUUUUUUUUCCCCCCUCCAGCUAUUCUUAAGGUGUCUGCUCCCCACUCCACCACAGGCACCUCCAUCGUCACGGUGAGACAGGCCAACCAGGGCGGGAAAUCCCCUGUCAUGGUUACAUCACUUCCUGCCGGGGUUCGCAUGGUGGUGCCGGCCCAGGUCGCACAGGGAACUGUAUGAAUAAAUAAAGAACUUAUGGUCUGCAUAUGGGCCCUGGUCAAAAGGAGUGCGCUAUGUAGGGAACUCAGCCAUGGAUUUAACUCAGCCAUGGAUUUAACUCAGCCAUGGAUUUAACUCAGCCAUGGAUUUAAACAGUCAAAUAAUGGUUUAAGACUCAAUAAUUGGCACUAAAUAGGCUAGUUUUUGUUAUUUUUUUUAAUUUAAUUAAGUUAUUUUGGUGAAAUCCUCACUGUAUGUUGUCUCUGGACCUAUUUCCUACCCUAAACCGUAUGCUCAGUGAACCAUCUCUGGGAAACGAGCUCUAGAAGUUUCCUUUCCUGUCUUAUGGAUUCAUGCACGAGUUGUGCUCCUUCUAUUCCAAUGAGUCUUCCCAAAUCCUAUGAAUACGCCUCAUUUUAAUAUGUUUUUUCUCUAUCUGCUUCUGCCUUCUCAGCCAAUGGGCAGCAGCCCUCAGAUGAGUGGCAUGGCUGCGCUGGCUGCAGCUGCUGCGGCCACCCAGAAGAUCCCGCCCUCCACGGCCACCAUGCAGCUGCCAGCUGGUGCCACCAUCGUCAAGACGGUGGCCAUGAGCCCUGGCUCCCAGACUGUCAAAGCUGCUUCGCCUGUCAUGGUAAGAUCCUACUCGGACUAAUGGUACCACACACACGGACACCAUGUAAACCUCUGUCUGCUGGCCGGCUCACUAGAGCGAUUUGUAGUAGGUAGUGAGGAUUGUAUUGUACCAAUAUCCACACCACCGACCAUACCACUUGGAAUGAAGCAAUGUAUCAACCAUGCAUUCUAAGUGUUAUAGGAAUGUACACUGAAGAAAAAUAUGAACGCAACAUGUAAAAGUGUUGAUUCCAUGUUUCAUGAGCUGAAAUAAAAGAUCCCAGAAAUGUUCCAUACGCACAAAAAGCUUAUUUUCUCUCAGAUUUUGUGCACAAAUUUGUUUACAUCCCUGUUAGUGAGCAUUUUCUCAUUUGCCAAGAUAAUCCAUCCACCUGACAGGUGUGACAUAUUAAGAAGCUGAUUAAACAAGCUGAUUUAAACAGCAUGAUCAUUACACAGUUGCACCUUGUGCUGGGGACAAUAAAAGGCCACUAAAAUGUGCAGUUUUGUCACGCAACCCCACAGAUGUCUCAAGUUUUGAGGGAGCAUGCAAUUGGUAUGCUGACUGCAGGAAUGUCCACCAGAGCUGUUCCCAGAUAAUUGAAAGUUAAUUUCGCUACCAUAAGCCGCCUCCAACGUCGUUUUAGAGAAUAUGGCAGUACGUCCAACCAGCCUCACAACCGCAGACCACGAGUAACCACGCCAGCCCAGGACCUCCCCAGACCACGAGUAACCACGCCAGCCCAGGACCUCCCCAGACCAUGUGUAACCACGCCAGCCCAGGACCUCCCCAGACCACGUGUAACCACGCCAGCCCAGGACCUCCCCAGACCACGUGUAACCACGCCAGCCCAGGACCUCCCCAGACCACGUGUAACCACGCCAGCCCAGGACCUCCCCAGACCACGUGUAACCACGCCAGCCCAGGACCUCCCCAGACCACGAGUAACCACGCCAGCCCAGGACCUCCCCAGACCACGAGUAACCACGCCAGCCCAGGACCUCCCCAGACCACGUGUAACCACGCCAGCCCAGGACCUCCACGCCAGCCCAGGACCUCCACGCCAGCCCAGGACCUCCACGCCAGCCCAGGACCUCCACGCCAGCCCAGGACCUCCACGCCAGCCCAGGACCUCCACGCCAGCCCAGGACCUCCACAUCCGGCUUCUUCACCUGCGGGAUCGUCUGAGACCAGCCGCCCGAACAGCUGAUGAAACAUGGCACCAACACUUUACAUGUUGCAUUUAUAUUUUUGUUCAGUGUCUAUACAGUGCGUUCGGAAAGUAUUCAGACCCCUUCACUUUUUCCACAUUUUGUAACGUUACAGCCUCAUUCUAAAAUGGAUAGAGAAACAAAUCCUAAUCUAUCUACACACAAUACCCCAUACAUUUUGAAAAAAAUUGAAAACAGAUAUCACAUUUACGUUAGUAUUCAGACCCUUUACUCAGUACUUUGUUAAACACCUUUGGCAGCGAUUACAGCCUCGAGUCUUCUUGGGUGUGACGCUACAAGCUUGGCACACCUGUAUUUGGGGAGUUUCUCCCAUUCUUCUCUGCUGAUCCUCUCAAGCUCUGUCAGGUUUGAUGGGGAGCGUCGCUGCACAGCUAUUUUCAGGUCUCUCCGGAGAUGUUCGAUCGGGUUCAAGUCCGGGCUCUGGCUGGGCCACUCGAGGACAUUCAGAGACUUGUCCUGAAGCCACUCCUGCGUUGUCUUGGCUGUGUGCUUAGGGUCGAUGUCCUGUUGGAAGGUGAACCUUCACCCCAGUCUGAGGUCCUGAGCACUCUGGAGCAUGUUUUCAUCAAGGAUCUCUCUGUACUUUGCUCCGUUCAUCUUUCCCUCAAUCCUGACUAGUCUCCCAGUCCCUGCCGCUGAAAAACAUCCCCACAGCAUGAUGCUGCCACCACCAUGCUUCACCGUAGGGAUGGUGCCAGGUUUCCUCCAGACGUGACGCUUGGCAUUCAGGCCAAAGAGUUCAAUCUUGGUUUCAUCAGACCAGAGAAUCUUGUUUCUCAUGGUCUGAGAGUCCUUUAGCUUCCUUUUGGCAAACUCCAAGCGGGCUGUCAUGUGCCUUUUACUGAGGAGUGGCUUCCGUCUGGCCACUCUACCAUAAAGGCCUGAUUGGUGGAGUGCUGCAGAGAUGGUUGUCAUUCUGGAAGGUUCUUCCAUCUCCACAGAGGAACUCUGGAGCUCUGUCAGAGUGACCAUCGGGUUCUUGGUCACAUCCCUGACCAAGGCCCUUCUCCCCCGAUUGCUCAGUUUGGCCGGGCGGCCAGCUCUAGGAAGAGUCUUGGUGGUUCCAAACUUCUUCCAUUUAAGAAUAAUGGAGGCCACUGUGUUCUUGGGGACCUUCAAUGCUGCAGAAAUGUUUUGGUACCCUUCCCCAGAUCUGUGCCUCGACACAAUCCUGCACUGUCCACUGUGGGACCUUAUAAGUUCAUGUCCAAUCAAUUGAGUUUACCACAGUGGGACUCCAGUCAAGCUGUAGAAACAUCUCCAGGAUGAAACAGGAUGCACCUGAGCUCAAUUUCGAGUCUCAUAGCAAAGGGUCUGAAUACUUAUUUAAAUAAGUUAUUUCUGAUUUUUUAUUUUUUGUAAAUUAGCGAAACAUUCUACAAACCUGUUUUCUCUUUGUCAUUAUGGGGUAUUGUGUGUAGAUUGAUGAGGGGGGAAAAACAAUUUAAUCCAUUUUAGAAUAAGGCUGUAACGUAACAAAAUGUGGAAAAUGUCUAGGGGUCUGAAUACUUUCCGAAGGCACUGAAUAUAUAAAAGAAUACCACACCGUUUUGUGAGCAUAAUAUUACAGUACUUUGGAAAAAUAUAUUCAGUAUUUGAAACAAGUGUCCAGCACCAUUUUAUUUAAUUUUUUUAAAGGCGCAACUUGUAAAUAAAAAGAAUAGUAGAUAUAUUUGAAAAUGACCCUCUCCAUGUCUCGGUCCUUCUCUCAGAUUAGUAACCCAGCCACCCGCAUGCUGAAGACUGCUGCGGCUCAGGUGGGCACGUCAGGUGUCGCCACAACCGGAACGCCAAAUCGGCCAAUCAUCACCGUGCACAAGUCUGGCACGGUGACAGUUGCCCAGCAACACCAGGUGGUUACCACGGUAGUGGGAGGAGUCACCAAGACCAUCACUCUUGUCAAGAGUCCCCUCACUCUUGGGGGAGGCGGCACGCUGGUAAGAUCUGACAGAGGCUGUUUGGUGGCUAAAAACAUUCAUAACGUAAUAACUUUUAUAGUUCGGAAGGAACUUUUAGAUUUUUCUGGUUCGGUUUCUGCAAUUAUGAGUUGUAAUUGUCGUUUUGACUCUAUUUAAUUAAUCCAUGCCCAUUUUCAAGCAUCUUCCCCCCCCCCCCCCCCCAAAAAUGUAUUUAAAACAAACAAUAAAUGUUAAGCAAGUCAGCUGGCCGUCUUAUUGAUCCCUGGUUUAGCAGUGACUCCCUGCAUCUGCUUUGUGCCCCGUUCUAAGCUGACUGCGGCCAACCAGGGUCAAAACAAACUGAUGUCUGGCAAGGACGUACAGAAUUGGGUUAGUUGGGAUACAUUCUGUUGUCUUUUACAUGCAUAACAAACAGUCCAUUCCCCCAUGGGGGGGUCACAUCUUAAACAUGUACUGUAUACACUCACUGUAUUAUGAAUAUAUGAAUGAAUUAACUCUGUGACCAAUUUCAAAUACAUAUACAGUGGGGAAAAAAAGUAUUUAGUCAGCCACCAAUUGUGCAAGUUCUCCCACUUAAAAAGAUGAGAGAGGCCUGUAAUUUUCAUCAUAGGUACACGUCAACUAUGACAGACAAAAUGAGAAAAAAAAUUCCUGAAAAUCACAUUGUAGGAUUUUUAAUGAAUUUAUUUGCAAAUUAUGGUGGAAAAUAAGUAUUUGGUCAAUAACAAAAGUUUCUCAAUACUUUGUUAUAUAUCCUUUGUUGGCAAUGACACAGGUCAAACGUUUUCUGUAAGUCUUCACAAGGUUUUCACACACUGUUGCUGGUAUUUUGGCCCAUUCCUCCAUGCAAAUCUCCUCUAGAGCAGUGAUGUUUUGGGGCUGUCGCUGGGCAACACGGACGUUCAACUCCCUCCAAAUAUUUUCUAUGGGGUUGAGAUCUGGAGACUGGCUAGGCCACUCCAGGACCUUGAAAUGCUUCUUACGAAGCCACUCCUUCGUUGCCCGGGCGGUGUGUUUGGGAUCAUUGUCAUGCUGAAAGACCCAGCCACGUUUCAUCUUCAAUGCCCUUGCUGAUGGAAGGAGGUUUUCACUCAAAAUCUCACGAUACAUGGCCCCAUUCAUUCUUUCCUUUACACGGAUCAGUCGUCCUGGUCCCUUUGCAGAAAAACAGCCCCAAAGCAUGAUGUUUCCACCCCCAUGCUUCACAGUAGGUAUGGUGUUCUUUGGAUGCAACUCAGCAUUCUUUGUCCUCCAAACACGACGAGUUGAGUUUUUACCAAAAAGUUUCAUCUGACCAUAUGACAUUCUCCCAAUCCUCUUCUGGAUCAUCCAAAUGCACUCUAGCAAACUUCAGACGGGCCUGGACAUGUACUGGCUUAAGCAGGGGGACACGUCUGGCACUGCAGGAUUUUAGUCCCUGGCGGCGUAGUGUGUUACUGAUGGUAGGCUUUGUUACUUUGGUCCCAGCUCUCUGCAGGUCAUUCACUAGGUCCCCCCGUGUGGUUCUGGGAUUUUUGCUCACCGUUCUUGUGAUCAUUUUGACCCCACGGGGUGAUAUCUUGCGUGGAGCCCCAGAUCGAGGGAGAUUAUCAGUGGUCUUGUAUGUCUUCCAUUUCCUAAUAAUUGCUCCCACAGUUGAUUUCUUCAAACCAAGCUGCUUACCUAUUGCAGAUUCAGUCUUCCCAGCCUGGUGCAGGUCUACAAUUUUGUUUCUGGUGUCCUUUGACAGCUCUUUGGUCUUGGCCAUAGUGGAGUUUGGAGUGUGACUGUUUGAGGUUGUGGACAGGUCUUUUAUACUGAUAACAAGUUCAAACAGGUGCCAUUAAUACAGGUAACGAGUGGAGGACAGAGGAGCCUCUUAAAGAAGAAGUUACAGGUCUGUGAGAGCCAGAUAUCUUGCUUGUUUGUAGGUGACCAAAUACUUAUUUUCCACCAUAAUUUGCAAAGAAAUUCAUUAAAAAUCCUACAAUGUGAUUUUCUGGAUUUUUUUCCCUCAAUUUGUCUGUCAUAGUUGACGUGUACCUAUGAUGAAAAUUACAGGCCUCUCUCAUCUUUUUAAGUGGGAGAACUUGCACAAUUGGUGGCUGACUAAAUACUUUUUUCCCCCACUGUAUUUCCACAGCCAUGUAAGUUCAACAAUACACACUCAUUAUAUGGCGUUAAAUAGGCCUGUCUUAAUAAGUCAUGUGGAAGCAUCUGUUAAGUGGCAUAUGUUCUAUUACGUUAAAUAGAAAUCGACUUGUAUUCAUAGUAAAAGUCCUGUGGUGUUUGACCAGUCUCCCCUACCUCUGUAAAAGUCCUGUGGUGUUUGACCAGUCUCCCUACCUCUGUAAAAGUCCUGUGGUGUUUGACCAGUCUCCCCUACCUCUGUAAAAGUCCUGUGGUGUUUGACCAGUCUCCACUACCUCUGUAAAAGUCCUGUGGUGUUUGACCAGUCUCCACUACCUCUGUAAAAGUCCUGUGGUGUUUGACCAGUCUCCCCUACCUCUGUCCUCCAGCUGUCUAACCUGUCCAACCUGGGGAAGGUGAUGUCAGUAGUCCAGACAAAACCUGGUCAGACCGGAGCGCUGACGGGCCAUGCUGGCUCCAGCCUGCAGCACAUCCUACAGGUCAGUACUGCAUUUAGUUUAUGAUAUAAUACAGGUCAGUCUACAUUUAGUUAUACAGUUGACAGUGUCGUCCAGGGUAGGGGAGGGAAUGGCCGGCAGGGGAUGUAGCUCAGUUGGUAGAGCAUGGCGUUUGCAACGCCAGGGUUGUGGGUUUGAUAAAAUAAUAUAUGUGCUAACUGUAAGUCGCUCUGAAGUCGGAAGUUUACAUACACCUUAGCCAAAUACAUUUUAACUCAGUUUUUCACAAUUCCUGACAUUUAAUCCUAGUAAAAAUUCCCUGUCUUAGGUCAGUUUAUUUUAAGAAUGUGAAAUGUCAGAAUAAUAGUAGAGAUUUAUUUCAGCUUUUAUUUCUUUCAUCACAUUCCCAGUGGGUCAGAAGUUUACAUACACUCAAUUAGUAUUUGGUAGCAUUGCCUUUAAAUUGUUUAACUUGGGUCAAAUGUUUCGGGUAGCCUUACACAAGCUUCCCACAAUAAGUUGGGUGAAUUUUGGCCCAUUCCUCCUGACAGAGCUGGUGUAACUGGGUCAGGUUUGUAGGCCUCCUUGCUCGCACAUGCGUUUUUUCAGUUCUGCCAACAAAUUGUCUAUAGGAUUGAGGUCAGGGCUUUGUGAUGGGCACUCCAAUACCUUGACUUUGUUGUCCUUAAGCCAUUUUGCCACAACUUUGGAAGUAUGCUUGGGGUCAUUGUCUAUUUGGAAGACCCAUUUGCGACCAAGCUUUAACUUCCUGACUGAUGUCUUGAGAUGUUGCGUCAAUAUAUCCACAUCAUUUUCCUUCCUCAUGAUGCCAUCUAUUUUGUGAAGUGCACCAGUCUCUCCUGCAGCAAAGCACCCCCACAGCAUGAUGCUGCCACCCCUGUGCUUCACGGUUGGGAUGGUGUUCUUGGGCUUGCAAGCUCCCCCCUUUUUCCUCCAAACAUAACGAUGGUCAUUAUGGCCAAACAGUUCUAUUUCUGUUUCAUCAGACCAGAGGACAUUUCUCCAAAAAGUACGAUCUUUGUCCCCAUGUGCAGUUGCAAACCGUAGUCUGGCUUUUUUAUGGCGGUUUUGGAGCAGUGGCUUCUUCCUUGCUGAGCAGCCUUUCAGGUUAUGUCGAUAUAGGACUCGUUUUACUGUGGAUAUAGAUACUUUUGUACCUGUUUCCUCCAGCAUCUUUGCUGUUGUUCUGGGAUUGAUUUGCACUUUUCGCACCAAAGUACGUUCAUCUCUAGGAGACAGAACGCGUCUCCUUCCUGAGCGGUAUGACGGCUGCGUGGUCCCAUGGUGUUUAUACUUGCGUACUAUUGUUUGUACAGAUGAACCAGACUUGUUGAGGUCUACAAUUUUUUUUUCUGAGGUCUUGGCUGAUUUCUUUUGAUUUUCCCAUGAUAUCAAGCAGAGGCGCUGAGUUUGAAGGUAGGCCUUGAAAUACAUCCACAGGUACACCUCCAAUUGACUCAAAAUGAUGUCAAUUAGCCUAUGAGAAGCUUCUAAAGCCAUGACAUCAUUUUCUGGAAUUUUCCAAGCUGUAUAAAGGCACAGUCAACUUAGUGUAUGUAAACUUCUGACCCACUGGAAUUGUGAUACAGUGAAUUAUAAGUGAAAUAAUCUGUCUGUAAACAAUUGUUGGAAAAAUUAUUUGUGUCGUGCACAAAGUAGAUGUCCUAACCGACUUGCCAAAACUAUAGUUUGUUAACAAGAAAUUUGUAGUUUUAAUGACUCCAACCGAAGUGUAUGUAAACUUCCGACUUCAACUGUACAUUUAGUUAUAUCAUGUAUUAUAUAAUACAGGACAUUAUUACAUUUAGUUAUAUCAUGUAUUAUAUAAUACAGGACAGUAUUACAUUAGUUAUAUCAUGUAUUAUAUAGUACAGGACAGUAUUACAUUUAGUUAUAUCAUGUAUUAUAUAAUACAGGACAGUAUUACAUUUAGUUAUAUCAUGUAUUAUAUAGUACAGGACAGUAUUACAUUUAGUUAUAUCAUGUAUUAUAUAAUACAGGACAUUAUUACAUUUAGUUAUAUCAUGUAUUAUAUAAUACAGGACAGUAUUACAUUUAGUUAUAUAAUGUAUUAUAUAAUACAGGACAGUAUUACAUUUAGUUGUAUUAUAUACAGUACGUUCGGAAAUUAUUCAGACCCCUUCACAUGUUCCGCAUUUUGUUACGUUACAGCCUUUUUCUAAAAUUGAUGAAAUUGUUUUUUUACCGCAUCAAUCUCCACACAAUACCCCAUAAUGACAAAGCAGAAACUGGUUUUUAGAAAAAAAAUCUAAUAAAAAAAUAAAUAAGUGAAAUAUAAUAUUUACAUAAGUAUUCAGACCCUUUACUCAGUACUUUGUUGGAGCACCUUUGGCAGUGAUUACAGCCUCGAGUCUUCUUGGGUAUGACGCUACAAGCUUGGCACACAUGUGUUUGGGGUGUUUUUCCCAUUCUUCUCUGCAGAUCCUCUCAAGCUCUGUCAGGUUGGAUGGGGAGCAUCGCUGCACAGCUAUUUUCAGGUCUCUCCAGAGACGUUCAAAUCCAGGCUCUGGCUGGGCCACUCAAGGACAUUCAGAGACUUGUCCAGAAGCCACUCCUGCGUUUUCUUGGCUGUGUGCUUAGGGUCGUUGUCCUGUUGGCAGGUGAACUUUCGCCCCAGUCUGAGGUCCUGAGCGCUCUGGAGCAGGUUUUCAUCAAGGAUCUCUCAGCACUUUGCGCCGUUCAUCUUUCCCUCGAUCCUGACUAGUCUCCCAGUCCCUGCCACUGCAAAACAUCUCCACAGCAUGAUGCUGCCACCACCAUGCUUCACUGUAGGGAUGGUGCCAGGUUUCCUCCAGAUGUGACGCUUGGCAUUCAGGCCAAAGAGUUCAAUCUUGGUUUCAUCAGACCAGAGAAUCUUGUUUCUCAUGGUCUUGAGAGUCUUUAGGUGCCUUUUGGCAAACUCCAAGUGGGCUGUCAUGUGCCUUUUUUACUGAGGAGUGGCUUCCGUCUGGCCACAACCUUAAAGACCUGAUUGGUGGUUGUCCUUCUGGAAGGUUCUCCCAUCUCCACAGAGGAACUCUGGAGCUCCGUCAGAGUGACCAACGUGUUCUUGGUCACUUCCCUGACCAAGGCCCUUCUCCCCCGAUUGCUCAGUUUGGCCAGGCGGCCAGCUCUAGGAAGAGUCUUGGUGGUUCCAAACUUCUUCCAUUUAAGAACGAUGGAGGCCACUGUGUUCUUGGGGACCUUCAGUGCUGCAGAAUUUGUUUGGUACACUUCCCCAGAUCUGUGCUUGGACACGAUCCUGUCUCGGAGCUCUAUGGACAAUUCCUUCGACCUCAAGGCUUGCUUUUUGCUUUGACAUGCACUGUCAACUGUGGGACCUUAUAUAGACCGUUGUGUGCCUUUCCAAAUCAUGUCCAAUCAAUUGAAUUUACCACAGCUGGACUCCAAUCAAGUUGUAGAAACAUCUCAAGGAUGAUCAAUCGAAACAGGAUUCACCUGAGCUCAAUUUAGAGUCUCAUAGCAAAGGGUCUGAAUACUUAUGUAAUAAGGUAUUUCUGUUUUUUUAUUCUUAAUACAUUUGCAAAAAUGUCUACAUCUGUUUUCACUUCGUCAUUAUGGGGUAUUGUGUGUAGGUAGAUUGAGUAGGAAAAAUUUCAAUUUAAUCCUUUUUAGAAUAAGGCUGUAAGGUAACAAAAUGUGGAGAAAGUCAAGGGGUCUGAAUACUUUACGAAUGUGCUGUAAUACAGUACAGUAUUGCAUUUAGUUAUAUCAGGUAUGUGGCAGGGUCAGUACACAAUGAUCAACAACGUAUUGUUGGAUGUACGUCGACAGCUGAUUCUUAUCCAUAGUCCCUGUGGUUUGAGAACUUGUGGAAAAUUCUGUCUAUGUCGGAUGUAUAGAAAAAAGAGGUCUCCAACUGUCUACCAAGCUGAAAUAGUCAGUGCUUGUUGUCUUUAUGCAUAGAACAACAGGAAGUAUAAUCUGUCUCGAAGCACCACAAAAACACCAACUACAAAGUGGGGCUCUAUUUCACAAAGUGUAGCAUUGAUGUACGUCAGCUUCCACCUCUCAUCUUCACCUCUGACCCCCCUCUCUCUCUCUUCUUCCUGUCCCCCCAGACGAAGGGUCCUCUCCCUGCAGGUACUAUCCUGAAGCUGGUGACAUCAGCCGACGGCAAGCCCACCACCAUCAUCACCACUUCCAAGGCCGGGGGCACCGUGGGGGGCAAGCCCACCAUCCUGUCCUACAGCGGUGUGCCCACCUCCAAGCCUGGCACACACAUCAUCAAGACCAUACCCAUGUCCACCGUCGGACAAACAGGUCUGUCUGCUUCCUACCUAUCAAUCAUUCAAAUCAAUGAACCUGUCAAUCAAAUGAGUUUGUCAGCCGUAGGUCUGGAGCCUUUAUGAUGUUGGACCGCUCAGUUAAUUUUCGAACUUUCAAAUGGCACAGAACAUUCCGGGGGGGCGGUCUCUCAAAAAAGUAUCUUGCCACACACCAAUGCAUGGAUUUGACAGUCAAACUAUCACUUAAAAUAGCAGCCAACCGUUGUCACUGCUGAAAUCCUAUGCCGCGUCGUGAUUGGUUUAAGUUAACUAACAGAGAAAGUGGUCUGUUCCAUUUUCUGUGAUGGCUGUCUCCCGAAAUCAACAUCCGACAUUCCAAAAUAUACACUACCGUUCAAAAGUUUGGUGUCACAUAGAAAUGUCAUUGUUUUCUAAAGAAAAGCAAAUUUUUUGUCCAUUAAAAUAACAUCAAAUUGAUCAGAAAUACAGUGUAGACAUUGUUAAUGUUGUAAAUGGCUAUUGUAGCUGGAAACGGCUGAUUUAAAAAAAAUGGAAUAUCUACAGAGGCCCAUUUAUCAGCAACCAUCAGUCCUGUGUUCCAAUGGCAAAUUGUGUUUGCUAAUCCAAGUUUAUCAUUUUAAAAGGCUAAUUGAUCAUUAGAAAACUCUUUUGCAAUUAUGUUAGCACAGCUGAAAACUGUUGUGCCGAUUUAAAGAAGCAAUAAAACUGGCCUUCUGGAGACUAGUUGAGUAUCUGGAGCAUCAGCAAUUGUGGGUUUGAUUACAGGCUCAAAAUGGCCAGAAACAAAUAACUUUCUUCUGAAACUCGUCAGUCUAUUCUUGUUCUGAGAAAUGAAGGCUUUUCCAUGCGAGAAAUUGCCAAGAAACUGAAGAUCUCGUAUAACGCUGUGUACUACUCCCUUCACAGAACAGCGCAAACUGACUCUAACCAGAAUAGAAAGAGGAGUGGGAGGCCCCGGUGCACAACUGAGCAAGAGGACAAAUACAUUAGUGUCUAGUUUGAGAAACAGACGCCUCACAGGUCCUCAACUGGCAGCUUCAUUAAAUAGUACCCGCAAAACACCAGUCUCAACGUCAACAGUGAAGAAGCGACUCCGGGAUGCUGACCUUCUAGGCAGAGUUGCAAAGAAAAAGCCAUAUCUCAGACUGGCCAAUAAAAAGAAAAUAUUAAGAUGGGCAAAAGAACAGACACUGGACAGAGGAAGAUUGGAAAAAAGUGUUAUGGACAGACUAAUCGAAGUUUGAGGUGUUCGGAUCACAAAGAAGAACAUUUGUGAGACGCAGACCAAAUGAAAAGAUGAUGGAGGAGUGCUUGAUGCCAUCUGUAUAGCAUGGUGGAGGCAAUGUGAUGGCCUGGGGGUGCUUUGGUGGUGGUAAAGUGGGAGAUUUGUGCAGGGUAAAAGGGAUCUUGAAGAAGGAAGGCUAUCACUCCAUUUAGCAACGCCAUGCCAUAAUCUGUGAACGGCGCUUGAUUGGAGCCAAUUUCCUCCUACAACAGGACAAUGACCCAAACCACAGCUCCAAACUAUGCAAUAACUAUUUAGGGAAGAAGCAGUCAGCUGGUAUUCUGUCUAUAAUGGAGUAGCCAGCACAGUCACCGGAUCUUAACCCUAUUGAGCUGUUGUGGGAGCAGCUUGACCGUAUGGUACGUAAGAAGUGCCCAUCAAGCCAAUCCAACUUGUGGGAGGUGCUUCAGGAAGCAUGGGGUGAAAUCUCUUCAGAUUACCUCAACAAAUUGACAACUACAAUGCCAAAGGUCUGCAAGGCUGUAAUUGCUGCAAAUGGAGGAUUCUUUGACGAAAGCAACAUUUGAAGGACACAAUUAUUAUUUCAAUUAAAAAUCAUUAUUUCUAACCUUGUCAUUGACUGCAUUUUGCUAUAUUUCCUAUUCAAACUCAUUUCAUGUAUGUUUUCAUGGAAAACAAGGACAUUUCUAAGUGACCCCAAACUUUUGAACGGUAGUGUAGAUAUAAGCCUUCUGCAAGUUCUCAUCUAACCAACAAUGUAUAGGUUAUUCCAAGUUCCCAUGUGGCCUUUGAAUCGUGUUAGUUUAAACAGCGCCACACCCCAAACGUUUGCCCCCUGUUCUAUUGAUUUCAGCGUGGCAUCGAUGGAAGUGAUUAACAAAAAAAGUGUUGCAUUGGUGACUUGAAUCAAAAUGCAACACUUCAAAAUGUAGCUAACUUUCUUUUAUAUAUUGUCUUCUAACCAGUGAUGUACACAUUAUUCCUAGAUUCCGUGUGGUUUUUGAGCUGUUUUAACGUAAUUGAUUCCAACGUAAUAAUCGAUGGGAGUGAUUGAUGAAACAGUGUUGCGUUUCUGUUUUGGUGACCCCCGUAUCAAAAUGUAGCUGUCUGUGUUCUGCAGGUCUAACCAGUGAUGUCAAAAUAUAUCCAGUUUCCAUGUGGUUUGAGGUGUGGUACUUUCAUUAGCGCAUAAUACGUUUUAAAUGAAAUUGAAUCAUUAACAGUAAGAAAAAAUCCCAAACCGAAUAACUUUUUUUGUUUUUUUUUCUCCAGAAUUUAAAUCAUAGUGCAGUUAUCACAAAACUACCAUUAACAGGUCCCCAUCAUCAAAUGAAUUUUUGUUUGUUUUUUUACAAAUAAGCCUACCUAAUGCAAGAAGGCUGUAAUGUUAGUUAGCGGAUAUGCAUCUUUCAAAUUAAUAUAUAUAUUUUGUAAACUUUUUAUUUAAGCAGGGAGUCACCAUUGAGACCAGGGUCUCUUUCACAGGGAGCCCUGCAUAUACAGUGACAAAAUCGUAAUACAAUGUAAAAGCAGUCGAAUACAGCACAACACCAAUACUCAAGAAAAACAAUUACAUUUCUCAAUAAGAAUAUAUUAAAUUGCCAGAGUGGCACCAGAACAUCUUAUUGUAAUGUAUUGUAUAGUUUGUUCCAGCAAUGAGGUGCUUUUAAAACUAAAAGCGGAUUUACCUGGUUCGGUGGAGACCCCAGGAAACGGGUUUGAUGUCAUGUUUUAACAGCAACGUUUUUGUUGUGAGUCGCUAAUGCACAUAACAAAUGUCAGGAACACUAGAGGCAAAUGUCAGGAACACUAGAGGCAAAUGUCAGGAACACUAGAGGCAAAUGUCAGGAACACUAGAGGCAAAUGUCAGGAACACUAGAGGCAAAUGUCAAUUAACGGUUGUCUUCGGGACAGUUUCACCUGCCACAAAGCAGAUUCCAAAUGCCUGAGCCUACUGUAAGACUGUGGUAGAACCUUAUCGCCCCCUAGUGGUCAUACCCCCCAAAAAUGCAGUUUAAACAUUAAGAAAAAAAAUGCCACUUGUCACAUCCCUAUUGGGAACAGAAAACUGUAUUGAGGUUGGGAUUUUCUUCCAUAAGAAUGAGUAGAUCUUUGGCCCGUUUCUCGCUCCAUCUUCUCCCGCUGCCGUCCGCUGGGCUUCCCUUCAUCACCAUAUUUGGUGAGGAGUGGAAAUUCCAACCGAAUUCUUCAGGUUAAUACAUCCGGUGAAAUGUCUGGCUCCUUGUUCUAUCUGUGGCUAUACAUUUUGUAAUUUUCAACAUUAAUUUCCAAUGGUAUUGUGCUUCGUCAGGGAACUGCUGAAUGAGUCCAAAAGCAUGUUGUGAUUUUAUUUAUUUUGUUGAUAUACCAGAAAUCGGUUUACCCUGCCUACUACAUAGAACUUGAACCUCUGUAUGUGUUUAAUCUGUUGUCUGGUCAGGAGUGACUGGCAGUGGUAUGAAGUCCCCCAUUACCAUCAUCACCACUAAGAUGAUGACACCAGGCACCGGGACUCCAGGCAAGAUCAUCAGCGCUAUGCCCAGAGCUGGGGCUGGCCAGCAGGGACUCACACAGGUAAAGGGGGUGUACAAAGUCAUUCAUAACCCUUUUAUGAAAAAGGUCAUAACAUGAGUGGCUCACGUUAGUAAAACUAACAUUGUAAAAUGCUGCAGACGCAUUGUUGUAUAAGCAGAAAAAAGAUGGUGCAAAAACAUGCAAUACAAUGUGAAGCAUAUAUUAGGGAUGGGCACGGUUAUUUGAAUACCCAAACGGACGGUAAUAUUAGAAUACAUUUGAGUAUUCAUUUUUUGAAAGAAAAAAGAAAAUCAUUGGCCUAUUUUAACAAUGAAAAGGCUUUGUCUAAACAUUGAUCUAUGUGACAUCGCUGUCUUAGCUAGCUUCUUUAGAUCGAUUUGAUGCAGUAAAGACCGGCACUACCAGAUGGGAUGAGAAGUUUACAUUUACAUUUUAGUCAUUUAGCAGACGCUCUUAUCCAGAGCGACUUACAGGAGCAGUUAGGGUUAAGUGCCUUGCUCAAGGGCACAUAGACAGAUUUUUCGGCUAGUCGGCUCGGAGAUUAGAACCAGCGACCUUUCGGUUGCUGGCACAACGCUCUUACCCACUAAGCUGCCUGCCGCCCAAGAAGUAACUUUGGCAAUCUACAAGCUAACUAGCCCCAGUCAGAAUGGCUCCUUUCUCCCUCCCGCGUCAAACACCCCGACCCCUGCUACUCCCUGCUGCAGCAGCAAGCAGAGCUGCACCGUCUCUCCCGAGUCGCGCAAGCUGCACAGCAAGUUAGAUAUAUAUAUAUAUUUAUUUUUUUAAUUUUUUGUACACUUAUUUCGAUCUAAUGCUAUUAUUCAAAUAGUGAAAUUAUUUCCCUGAAGCAGACUCCCCUGAGAGACAUUAAAGCCAGGCAUCACACCCUCAUAGGUUUUCCCCUAAUCAUAGGUACAUGUUUUCCCCUAAUCAUAGGUACAUGUUUUCCCCUAAUCAUAGGUACAUGUUUUCCCCUAAUCAUAUCACAAUCAACUUUUACCAGCUGAAUGUAGACAAAAGUAUAAUACUUUUUUGUAUAAACAAAAUUCUGAAAUAUUUUAAAAUAUGCAAAUGAGGAUAUACAAGUGCAUUCAGAAAGUAUUUAUACCCCUUGACUUAUUCCGUGUUGUUACAGCCAUAAUUCAAAAUGGAUUAAAUAGAGCAACACACAAUAGCCUAUAAUGACCAAGUGAAAACAUGGUUUUAUACAUUUUAUUGAAAUAUCAAAUUUACAUAAGUAUUCACACCCUUGAGUCAAUACUUUGUUGAAUCACCUUUUGGCAGCGAUUACAGCUAAGAGCUUUCCACACCUGGAUCGUGCAACAUUUUGUCUUAAUAUUAUUUUAAAAUGUCUUCAAGCUCUGUCAAAUUGGUUGUUGGUCAUUGCUAGAUUGCUGUUUUUUAAAGUCACCAUUGGCCUCGUGCUGAAAUCCCUGAGCGGUUUCCUUCCUCUCCGGCAACUGAGUUAGGAAGGAGGCCUGUAUCUUUGUAGUUACUGGGUGUGUUGAUACACCAUCCAAAGUGUAAUUAAUAACUUCACCGUGCUCAAAGGGAUAUUCAAUGUCUGUUUUUUUUGUUUUUUUUACCCAUCGCCCUUCUUUGCCAGGCAUUGGAAAACCUCCCUCGUAUUUGUGGUUGAAUCUGUGUUUUAAAAUACACUGCUCGACUGCGGGAUUAUUUAGAAUUGCCAUAACAAAGGGGUUGAAUACUUACUGACUCAAGACAUUUCAGCUUUUCAUUUGUAAAAUAAAUAAAAAACACACAAUUCCACUUUAACAUUAUGGGGUAUUGUGUGUGUGUGUGUGUGUGUGUGUGUGUGUGUGUGUGUAGACCAGUGACGACCACAUCUCAAUUUAAUCCAUUUUAAAUUCAAGCAGCAGUACAACAAAAUCUGGGAAAAGGGGUUUGAAUGGCCUUUCUGAAGGCACUGUAUCUCAUUAAAUAUGCACAUAUUUGCAUAUCACGCAAAUGCAUUUUUCCCGACACUGGAUGAAGUCAGCCUAAAUAUUUUGAUUUCAUUUUGUUAAUACACUUUAGAACUGGACAAGAGCAAAUUGUGGAUAAACUUUUUAAAAAUCUUUUUAAAAUACUAAAGAUAAAAUGUACAACAUAUCAACAAUUCCCGCUGAGUAAGUCUGGAGAAUAUAUCUAAGGAUAAUCACACCAAUGUGUUGAAUGUGGACUCUUCUAAAGCUGAGAAAAAUGAGUUGGCGUCUGGAAAGAGUCUGACUUUUGGGAAAUGGCAGUUAAUCUUUUUUCUACAAUUUCCGUGGCCCAGCGGAAAUCUAAUUUAACAUAAUAAUGUAAAAAAUCGCCUGUUUUAAGCUAGAGAUAUGUUUUUUUGUGUCUCAAUUUGCCGAUAUCCCCCUUCCGCAUCUGCGAUGAAAGGCGUCAGCUAGAGUGUUGUUUGUCAGAUCAUGAGCGAUCCCGAAAAUCGGUCUCACAAAAAACGUCUAAAGUGUCGGAACGGUUUGGCCUAAAAACUAUUAUGACCCCUCUGUGGAAAGAUGAGACUCUCACGAACACAAUGGUUUGCUCUACGACCCCCCCCCCCCCCCACACACACACACACACACACACACAAACGACACGGGACUUGUCUGAAGUCGGUACAACUUCUUCUGCCAACUUCUGGCUGUAGCGUCCAAACAGUAAUAUGACCCCUCUGUGACCCCUCUGUGACUCCUCUGUGACCCCUCUGUGACCCCUCUGUGGAAAGGUCAGUCUCACACAAACGCCUACAUGUCGGUUGUUCUAGGAUGCCCACAAGCCUCACAAGACUCCCCGGGACCUGUUGAAAAAAAUGAAUGGAAGUGUAUAUAUGGAGAUAGUUUAGUGCCCAAAAUAAGAGGUAAAAUUAUCCUUGACAUGACCAUCUUAAAACAAUUCCAUAUGUUAGCUUAGUAGAACCCCCCCCCCUUUAGACUCUAGACUGUUAAGACUCUAGACUGUUAAGACAAGUACACUGACUUUAGACUACCAACCGCCUAUUUAGACCCAUCACUAACGCGUCAAAGUAAGUUACUAAAUAUACUGUAGUGCAGUUCGUAACAUGCUAUGAAAUGGGCUUUUUAAAUUGUGCCAUUUUAAUGUAGUCAGCUUAGAAAUGAUUGAUUUAAAGUGUUUAAAAUGCAUUCAAAUGGUGAUGGUAGUACGAUAAACUAAAGAAAAUAUGAGAAUAGAUACAUUUUUGACAUUUUUUUUAUGUUUACUUUUUGAAAACACUAAUAUUAAUUUCUAAAUUGGUACCUGUCCUUAAGUCGUGGACACGUUAUUUGUUACACAUUUUGUUUUUCCAGCACCUGAAUUAUUGUCCAUUGGUUAGACAUUUUGCCUUCUGCCUUUAACCUUAAGCCUUUAACCCUGGAUGGAGAGCAAUUGUGGUUAUUUGUGUUUAUUAUGGAUCCCCAUUAGUUCCUGCCAAGGCAGCAGCUACUCUUCCUGGGGGUUUAUUAUGGAUCCCCAUUAGUUCCUGCCAAGGCAGCAGCUACUCUUCCUGGGGUUUAUUAUGGAUCCCCAUUAGUUCCUGCCAAGGCAGCAGCUACUCUUCCUGGGGUCCAGCAACAUUAAGGCAGUUAUAUACAGUCGUGGUCAAAAGUUUUGAGAAUGACACAAGUAUUGGUCUUCACGAAAUUCGCUGCUUCAGUGUUAUGAGAUUUUUUGUCAGAUGUUACUAUGGUAUACUGAAUUAUAAUUACAAGCAUUCCAUAAGUGUCAAAGGCUUUUAUUGACAAUUACAUUAAGUUUAUGCAAAGAGUCAAUAUUUGCAGUGUUGACCCUUCUUUUUCAAGACCUCUGCAAUCCGCCCUGGCAUGCUGUCAAUUAACUUCUGGGCCACAUCCUGACUGAUGGCAGCCCAUUCUUGCAUAAUCAAUGCUUGGAGUUUGUCAGAAUUAGUGGGUGUUUGUUUGUCCACCCGCCUCUUGAGGAUUGACCACAAGUUCUCAAUGGGAUUAAGGUCUGGGGAGUUUCCUGGCCAUGGACCCAAAAUGUCAAUGUUUUGUUCCCCGAGCCACUUAGUUAUCACUUUUGCCUUAUGGCAAGGUGCUCCAUCAUGCUGGAAAAGGCAUUGGUCGUCACCAAACUGUUCUUGGAUGGUUGGGAGAAGUUGCUCUCGGAGGAUGUGUUGGGACCAUUCUUUAUUCAUGGCUGUGUUCUUAGGCAGAAAUGUGAGUGAGCCCACUCCCUUGGCUGAGAAGCAACCCCACACAUGAAUGGUCUCAGGAUGCUUUACUGUUGGCAUGACACAGGACUGAUGGUAGUGCUCACCUGGUCUUCUCCGGACAAGGUGUUUUCCGGAUGCCCCAAACAAUCGGAAAGGGGAUUCAUCAGAGAAAAUGACUUUACCCCAGUCCUCAGCAGUCCAAUCCCUGUACCUUUUGCAGAAUAUCAGUCUGUCCCUGAUGUUUUUCCUGGAGAGAAGUGGCUUCUUUUCUGCCCUUCUUGACACCAGGCCAUCCUCCAAAUGUCUUUGCCUCACUGUGCGUGCAGAUGCACUCAAAUCUGCCUGCUGCCAUUCCUGAGCAAGCUCUGCACUGGUGGUGCCCCGAUCCCGCAGCUGAAUCAACUUUAGGAGACGGUCCUGGCGCUUGCUGGACUUUCUUGGGCGCCCUGACGCCUUCUUCACAACAAUUGAACCUCUCUCCUUGAAGUUCUUGAUGAACCGAUAAAUGGUUGGUUUAGGUGCAAUCUUACUAGCAGCAAUAUCCUUGCCUGUGAAGACCUUUUUGUGCAAAGCAAUGAUGACGGCACAUGUUUCCUUGCAGGUAACCAUGGUUAACCGACGAAGAACAAUGAUUUCAAGCACCACCCUCCUUUUAAAGCUUCCAGUCUGUUAUUCUGACUCAAUCAGCAUGACGGAGUGAUCUCCAGCCUUGUCCUCGUCAACACUCUCACCUGUGUUAACGAGAGAAUCACUGACAUGAUGGCAGCUGGUCCUUUUGUGGCAGGGCUGAAAUGCAGUGGGAAAGUUUUUUGGGGAUUAAGUUCAUUUUCAUGGCAAAGAGGGACUUUGCAAUUCAUUGCAAUUCAUCUGAUCACUCCAUGACAUUCUGGAGUAUAUGCAAAUUGCCAUCAUCAAAACUGAGGCAGCAGACUUUGUGAAAAUUUGUAUUUGCGUCAUUCUCAACUUUUGACAACAACCUGUACAAAAAAAAAGUUAUUUUACGUUUCAUAACACAUAAGAGCCUUGCUCAAGGAAAUACGUUUGAUGUGCUUAUAUUACCUGUCUUGUGCAUGUAUACAGUGGGGAAAAAAAGUAUUUAGUCAGCCACCAAUUGUGCAAGUUCUCCCACUUAAAAAGAUGAGAGAGGCCUGUAAUUGUCAUCAUAGGUACACGUCAACUAUGACAGACAAAAUGAGAAUUUUUUUGCAGAAAAUCACAUUAUAGGAUUUUUAAUGAAUUUAUUUGCAAAUUAUGGUGGAAAAUAAGUAUUUGGUCAAUAACAAAAGUUUCUCAAUACUUUGUUAUAUACCCUUUGUUGGCAAUGACACAGGUCAAACGUUUUCUGUAAGUCUUCACAAGGUUUUCACACACUGUUGCUGGUAUUUUGGCCCAUUCCUCCAUGCAGAUCUCCUCUAGAGCAGUGAUGUUUUGGGGCUGUCGCUGGGCAACACGGACUUUCAACUCCCUCCAAAGAUUUUCUAUGGGGUUGAGAUCUGGAGACUGGCUAGGCCACUCCAGGACCUUGAAAUGCUUCUUACGAAGCCACUCCUUCGUUGCCGGGCGGUGUGUUUGGGAUCAUUGUCAUGCUGAAAGACCCAGCCACGUUUCAUCUUCAAUGCCCUUGCUGAUGGAAGCAGGUUUUCACUCAAACUCUCACGAUACAUGGCCCCAUUCAUUCUUUCCUUUACACGGAUCAGUCGUCCUGGUCCCUUUGCAGAAAAACAGCCCCAAACAUGAUGUUUCCACCCCCAUGCUUCACAGUAGGUAUGGUGUUCUUUGGAUGCAACUCAGCAUUCUUUGUCCUCCAAACACGACGAGUUGAGUUUUUACCAAAAAGUUAUAUUUUGGUUUCAUCUGACCAUAUGACAUUCUCCCAAUCCUCUUCAGGAUCAUCCAAAUGCACUCUAGCAAACUUCAGAUGGGCCUGGACAUGUACUGGCUUAAGCAGGGGGACACGUCUGGCACUGCAGGAUUUGAGUCCCUGGUGGCGUAGUGUGUUACUGAUGGUAGGCUUUGUUACUUUGGUCCCAGCUCUCUGCAGGUCAUUCACUAGGUCCCCCCGUGUGGUUCUGUGAUUUUUGCUCACCGUUCUUGUGAUCAUUUUGACCCCACGCGGUGAGAUCUUGCGUGGAGCCCCAGAUCGAGGGAGAUUAUCAGUGGUCUUGUAUGUCUUCCAUUUCCUAAUAAUUGCUCCCACAGUUGAUUUCUUCAAACCAAGCUGCUUACCUAUUGCAGAUUCAGUCUUCCCAGCCUGGUGCAGGUCUACAAUUGUGUUUCUGGUGUCCUUUGACAGCUCUUUGGUCUUGGCCAUAGUGGAGUUUGGAGUGUGACUGUUUGAGGUUGUGGACAGGUGACUUUUAUACUGAUAAGUUCAAACAGGUGCCAUUAAUACAGGUAACGAGUGGAGGACAGAGGAGCCUCUUAAAGAAGAAGUUACAGGUCUGUGAGAGCCAGAAAUCUUGCUUGUUUGUAGGUGACCAAAUACUUAUUUUCCACCAUAAUUUGCAAAUAAAUUCAUUAAAAAUCCUACAAUGUGAUUUUCGGAGGAAAAAAAUCUCAAUUUGUCUGUCAUAGUUGACGUGUACCUAUGAUGAAAAUUACAGGCCUCUCUCAUCUUUUUAAGUGGGAGAACUUGCACAAUUGGUGGCUGACUAAAUACUUUUUUCCCCCACUGUACAUCCUCUGUUUCUACCAGGUGGUGCUUCAAAUGUUGCCCCUGGCCUGUGAAUAUUUUACUGUAUAUAACAUUUACAUUUUAGUCAUUUAGCAGACGCUCUUAUCCAGAGCGACUUACAAAUUGGUGCAUUCACCUUUUAUAGCCAGUGGGAUAACCACUUUACAAUAUGUUUAUUUUUAAUUUUGUAAUUUUUUUGGGUGGGGUAGAAGGAUUACUUUAUCCUAUCCCAGGUAUUCCUUAAAGAGGUGGGGUUUCAAAUGUCUCCGGAAGGUGGUGAGUGACUCCGCUGUCCUGGCGUCGUGAGGGAGCUUGUUCCACCAUUGGGGUGCCAGAGCAGCGAACAGUUUUGACUGGGCUGAGCGGGAACUGUGCUUCCACAGAGGUAUGGGGGCCAGCAGGCCAGAGGUGGAUGAACGCAAUGCCCUCGUUUGGCUGUAGGGUCUGAUCAGAGCCUGAAGGAAAGGCGGUGCCGUUCCCCUCACAGCUCCGUAGGCAAGCACCAUGGUCUUGUAGCAGAUGCGAACUUCAACUGGAAGCCAGUGGAGUGUGCGGAGGAGCGGGGUGACGUGAGAGAACUUCGGAAGGUUGAACACCAGAUGGGCUGCGGCAUUCUGGAUGAGUUGUAGUGGUUUGAUGGCGCCUCUAAUAGCUCUAUGUAUCUAACAGGUUGUUAUGAUGUUUCUACCAGGUGGUGCUGAAGGGUGCCCCCGGACAGCCCGGUACUAUUUUACGGACCGUCCCCAUGGGAGGUGUACGUCUCGUCUCCCCGGUAACUGUUUCCGGUGUCAAACCUAACGUCACCACCCUGGUCGUCAAGGGAACCACAGGUAAGGAGCUCAGUGAUAAUCACAGCUUUGCAAGUCAUGUCUAAUUUAUGGUCCUGAAAAUGAUUUAGUUAGAGACACAUUGAAUCAUCAAUGUGGUUCUCUGUAGCUCAACUGGCAGAGCACGGCGCUUGUAACGCCAGGGUAGUGGGUUCGAUCCCCGGGACCACCCAUACACAAAAAAUUUAUGCACGCAUGACUGUAAGUCGCUUUGGAUAAAAGCGUCUGCUAAAUGGCUUAUUAUUAUUAUUAUUAUUAUUAUUAUUAUUAUUAUUUAUCAACAGUCACCAUCAUGCUUUAGCUUGUGCUGUUUUGCAGCAUCAGUCCCAUUAGACUAGCUUAGGUACAAUUUACAUUUAAGUCAUUUAGCAGACACUCUUAUCCAGAGCGACUUACAUGUCUGUUAGCGCUACCAAUAGCAAUCAAUCAAUUAAUAAAUCAAUGUUCUCCCUCUGACCAGGUGUGACUACGUUGGGUACAGUGACUGGCACAGUGUCGACCAGCCUGGCAGGAGGAAGUGUUGCCAGCGCUACUCCCAUCACCACCUUGGGCACCAUGACGACCCUGCCUGGACAGGUCACUGUCUCCGCAGCCCAGGUACAGUUUAUGUAGACGAUGUACAGUUCAAUGGCGCCGGAGGAGAUGGCUGCCGUUUUUACCGGCUCCUAACCAAUUGAGUGUGUGUGUGUGUUUUCGCGUUAUUUGUAACUUAUUUUGUACAUAAUGUUUCUGCCUCCGUCUCUUAUGACCGAAAAAUAGCUUCUGGAUUUCAGGACAGCGAUUACUCACCUCGUACUGGACCAAUAUUUUUUCUUUAAGGAGUCGGACGCGAAGGAUCUACUUCCGACACCCGACAAGGCCCAAAUUCCCGUCAUUCACAUGAAGAAGAGACGGUGAUAUCGGGGACGUAGGUCGGGGUGCCUUGUAAUGAGCCGACGGCGAGUGGGUGAUCUGCCUCUACCAUCAGUCCUUUUAGCCAACGUACAAUCAUUGGAUAAUAAAAUGGAUGAGCUCCGAUCAAGAAUAUCCUACCACCGGGACGUUAUAAACUGUAAUAUCUUAUGUUUCACCGAGUCGUGGCUGAAUGACGACAUGGAUAACAUACAGCUAGCGGGGUUUUCGGUGCAUCGGCAAGAUAGAACAGCUGCCUCCGGUAAGACAAGGGGUGGCGGUCUGUGUAUAUUUGUAAACAACAGCUGGUGCACAAAAUCUAAUAUUAAGGAAGUCAAGGUUUUGCUCGCCUGAGGUAGAGUAUCUUAUGAUAAGCUGUAGACCACACUAUUUACCAAGAGAGUUUUCAUCUAUAUUUUUCGUAGCUGUCUAUUUACCACCACAAACUGAUCCUGGCGCUAAGACCGCACUCAACGAGCUGUAUAAGGCCAUAAGCAAACAGGAAAACACUCAUCCAGAGGCGGCCGGGGACUUUAAUGCAGGGAAACUUAAAUCCGUUUUCCCUCAUUUCUACCAGCAUGUUAAAUGUGCAACCAGAGGAAAAAAAACUCUGGACCACCUUUACUCCACACACAGAGAUGCAUACAAAGCUCUCCCUCACCCUCCAUUUGGCAAAUCUGACCAUAAUUCUGUCCUCCUGAUUCCUGCUUACAAGCAAUAACUAAAGCAGGAAGUACCAGUGACUCGCUCAGAAGUGGUCAGAUGACGCAGAUGCUAAGCUACAGGACUGUUUUGCUAGCACAGACUGGAAUAUGUUCCGGGAUUCUUCCGAUGGCAUUGAGGAGUACACCACAUCAGUCACUGGCUUCAUCAAUAAGUGCGUCGAUGACGUCGUCCCCACAGUGACUGUACAUACAUACCCCAACCAGAAGCCAUGGAUUACAGGCAACAUCCGCACUGAGCUAAAGGGUAGAGCUGCCGCUUUCAAGGAGCGGGACUCUAACCCGGACGCUUAUAAGAAAUCCCGCUAUGCCCUCCGACAAACCAUCAAACGGGCAAAGCGUCAAUACAGGACUUAGAUUGAAUCGUACUACACUGGCUCUGACGCUCGUCGGAUGUGGCAGGGCUUGAAAACUAUUACGGACUACAAAAGGAAGCACAGCCGCGAGCUGCCCAAUGACACGAGCCUACCAGUCGAGCUAAACCACUUCUAUGCUCGCUUGGAGGCAAGCAACACUGAAGCAUGCAUUUUUAUUUUCUAUCUAUUUUUUUACUUAACACUUAUUUUUCUUAAAACUGCAUUGUUGGUUAAGGGCUUGUAAGUAAGCAUUUCAUUGUAAGGUCUACACCUGUUGUAUUCGGCGCAUGUUGCAAAUAACAUUUGAUUUGAUUUACACAGGCAGCCCAAUUCUGAACUUUUGCCCAAUUAUUGGCAAAAGAGCUGCUCUAGUUGGUUAAAAGUCCAAUUGGUGAAUAAAUCGAUCAGAAUUGUCUGCCUUUGUAUACGCAGCCGUAGUGUCUUAUCUACCACAUUUGUUAUGUCAGACCAGGACAGGUUGUAAUCAGUUUGGUACAGAUGCAUACUGUCGUCAUUAAUACUUGGAAUGGGUUGACUCCCAUUUAAAUUAGCUGCUUAGCUUGUCCUGGUGGCAUAUACGCCUGGGAGACAGCAAGCUGACUUUGAUACGCCUGGGAGACAGCAAGCUGACUUUGAUACGCCUGGGAGACAGCAAGCUGACUUUGAUACGCCUGGGAGACAGCAAGCUGACUUUGAUACGCCUGGGGAGACAGCAAGCUGACUUUGAUACGCAUGUUAGACAGCAAGCUGACUUUGAUACGCAUGUUAGACAGCAAGCUGACUUUGAUACGCAUGUUAGACAGCAAGCUGACUUUGAUACGCCUGGGAAGACAGCAAGCUGACCUUGAUACGCCUGGGAGACAGCAAGCUGACUUUGAUACGCCUUUGAAGACAGCAAGCUGACUUUGAUACGCCUUUGAAGACAGCAAGCUGACCUUGAUACGCCUUUGGAGACAGCAAGCUGACCUUGAUACGCCUGGGAAGACAGCAAGCUGACCUUUGAUAAACAUGCCGUUGAGACAGCAACAGCUGACCUUUGAUUACGCCUUGGGAGACAGCAAGCUGACCUUUGAUACGCCUGGGAAGACCAGGCAAAGCUGACUUUUGAUACGCAUGUUAGACAGCAGCUGACCUUGGCUACGCCUUUGGGAGACAGCAAGCUUGACCAGCAAGCUGACCUUGAUACGCCUGGGAAGACAGCAAGCUGACUUUGAUACACAUGUUAGACAGCAAGCUGACUUUGAUACGCCUUUGAAGACAGCAAGCUGACUUGAUACGCCUGGGAAGACAGCAAGCUGACUUUGGAACGCCUGGGUGAGACAGCAAGAUUACUUUGAUACGCCUUGAAGACAGCAAGCUGACCUUGAUACGCCUGGGAAAACAGCAAGCUGACUUUGAUACACAUGUUAGACAGCAAGCUGACUUUGAUACGCCUGGUGAGACAGCAAGCUGACUUUGAAAGUGGGACAGCACGCAACUCUUUAUGAAAACCCUGGUAGAGAGCAUAACAUUAUUUGAUUCCAUUUAGAGAUAUCCAAACUGACUUUAUAGCAGUUUAGAUUAAACUGUACUUUGAUCGCUGUCUAGCAGGAGCAGCUGACCUUGAUACGCCCUGGGGGAAGCCAGCUGACAUUGACCGUUUGUCUUCAUGUCUCCCCACUGUGGCACUUCCCUCUCCGGAGGCCAGGCCACCCAGGUGACCUUGAUCACGACCCCCAGCGGCGUGGAGGCUCAGCCUGUCCAUGACCUUCCUGUCUCCAUCAUGUCCUCCCCCACCUCCGCUGACCCCUCCUCCACGGUGACCCUGGUCUGCUCUAACCCGCCCUGCGAGACCCACGAGACCGGCACCACCAAUACGGCUACCACGGCCUCCGCUAACAUGACCGGUAAUGGUGGGGUGGAGAGGGUGUGUUCAAACCCGCCGUGUGAAACCCACGAGACCGGCACCACCAAUACAGCUACCACGGCCUCCGCUAACAUGACCGGUAAUGGUGGGGUGGAGAUGGUGUGUUCAAACCCGCCGUGUGAAACCCACGAGACCGGCACCACCAAUACGGCUACCACGGCCUCCGCUAACAUGACCGGUAAUGGUGGGGUGGAGAGGGUGUGUUCAAACCCGCCGUGUGAAACCCACGAGACCGGCACCACCAAUACUCAAACGACGGCGUCCUCCAACAUGGGCCAGGUACAGCAGCUGUGCACCAACCCCCCGUCAGAGACCCACGAUACAGGCACGACCAACACCCCGACCACUGCCAGCUGUAACAUGGGGUCCGACAAGCAACAGCAAGGUUCCUGCAUAACUAACCCCAGUGGGUCUGAUCCUCCGUCCUCUCCGGCCCCCUCCUCCUCCGGAGCCCUCUCCCCCUCGUCUGUCUCCGGGGCCGUGUCUGCGCCGGGGGUGCUGCGACCAGAGACCCUGAGAACAGGGACCACCUACACCUCCACCACCGCCCGCUCUAACAUGGGCUCUGAUAAGAUGGGGAUGAGUCUCGGCUCCUCGUCCUCCGACAGCCAGAGCAAAUCGUCCAGCGGUUGUGGAGGAGGGUCCCCCCUCACCUCUCCUGUGUGCUCCAGUCCACGCUAUGAAACGCACCAGACAGACACCACCACUACCUCGACGCAGGCCAACUCCAGUAUGGGCAGUGGACAGACUACAGGGACAGUGCAGAGGGUGUGUUCCAAUCCUCCGUGUGAAACGCAUGAGACGGGGACGACCAACACCCCGUCUCAGGCUACGUCCAACCUGGCGGGAACAGGGACAGGAACGGGCACGGUCCAGAGGGUGUGUUCCAAUCCUCCGUGUGAAACGCAUGAGACAGGGACGACCAACACCCCGUCUCAGGCUACGUCCAACCUGGCGGGAACAGGGACAGGAACGGGCACGGUCCAGAGGGUGUGUUCCAAUCCUCCGUGUGAAACGCAUGAGACGGGGACGACCAACACGGCCACUACUGCCACAGGUAGGAGCUUCUGCUAUCUAUCCACUGAACAUGACUGUGUCUGUGACCCAUUUCUUUCUUAAAGUUGACAGAUGUCAGGGUUCGUACGGUCAUGAAAAUCCUGAAAAAGACAUGGCAUUUGAACAAGUUUUUUUUUUUCCAGGCCUGGAAAAGUAAUGGAAAUUAAUUUCAAAUAAUUUCUGUUCAUGUAAUUUAUUUAGGCACAGUUUUAAAAUAUUUUAUGAAUCAAAUACAAAAUCAACACCCACUACAUGCCCAACAGUAUGUGGACGCCUGCUGGUCAACAUCUCAGUCCAACAUCAUGGGCAUUAAUAUGGAGUUGGCCCCCCGUUUUGAUGCUAUAACAGCCUCCACUCUUCUGGGAAGGCUUUCCACUAGAUGUUGGGUGAUUGGGCCUGGCUCGCAGUCGGCGUUCCAAUUCAUCCCAAAGGUGUUCGAUGGGGUUGAGGUUAGGGCUCUGUGCAGGCCAGUCAAGUUCUUCCACACUGAUCUCGACAAACCAUUUCUGUAUGGACCUCGCUUUGUGCACGGGGGCAUUGUCAUGCUGAAACGGGAAAGGGCCUUCCCCAAACAGUUGCCACAAAGUUGGAAGCACAGAAUUAUCUAGAAUGUAAUUGUAUGCUGUAACGUUAAGAUUUCCCUUCACUGGAACUAAGAGGCCUAGCCCGAACGAUGAAAAACAGCCCCAGACCAUUAUUACUCCUCCACAAAACUGUACAGUGGGCACUAUGCAUUGGGGCAGGUAGCGUUCUCCUGGCAUCUGCCAAACCCAGAUUUGUCCGUCGGACUGCCAGAUGGUGAAGAGUGAUUCAUCACUCCAGAGAAUACGUUUCCACUGCUCCAGAGUCCAAUGGCGGUGAGCUUUACACCACUCCAGCCUGCGCUUGGCAUUGCGCAUGGUGAUCUUAGGCUUGUGUGCGGCUGCUCGGCCAUGGAAACCCAUUUCAUGAAGCUACCGACAAACAGUUAUUGUGCUGACGUUGCUUCCAGAAGCAGUUUGGAACUCAGUAGUGAGUGUUGAAAGCGAGAACAGAAAUGUUUUUCGUUGCAACCGAGGACAAACGUUUUUUUAUGCGCUUCAGCGCUCGGCGGUCCCGUUCUGUGAGCUUGUUGUGGACUACCACUUCGCAGCUGAGCCGUUGUUGCUCCUAGACGUUUCCACUUCACAAUAACAGCACUGUAGGGCCCCAAUUAGUCGAUUGUUGGGUCGUUAUGCUGUUGGUCGAUCAAGAUUGUUUUAGUGGAGCAGUAACAAAUAUAUACAGUUGAAGUCGGAAGUUUACAUACACCUUAGCCAAAUACAUUUAAACUCAGUUUUUCACAGUUCCUGACAUUUAAUCCUAGUACAAAUUCCCUGUCUUAGGUCAGUUAGGAUCACCACUUUAUUUUAAGAAUGUGAAAUGUCAGAAUAAUAGUAGAGAGAAUUAUUUAUUUCAGCUUUUAUUUAUUUCAUCACAUUCCCAGUGGGUCAGAAGUUUACAUACACUCAAUUAGUAUUUGGUAGCAUUGCCUUUAAAUUGUUUAACUUGGGUCAAACGUUUCAGGUAGCCUUCCACAAGCUUCCCACAAUACGUUGGGUGAAUUUUGGUCCAUUCCUCCUGACAGAGCUGGUGUAACUGAGUCAGGUUUGUAGGCCUCCUUGCUCGCACACGCUUUUUCAGUUCUGCCAACACAUUUUCUAUAGGAUUGAGGUCAGGGCUUUGUGAUGGCCACUCCAAUACCUUGACUUUGCUGUCCUUAAGCCAUUUUGCCACAACUUUGGAAGUAUGCUUGGGGUCAUUGUCCAUUUGGAAGACCCAUUUACGACCAAGCUUUAACUUCCUGACUGAUGUCUUGAGAUGUUGCUUCAAUAUACCCACAUAAUUUUCCUUCCUCAUCAUGCCAUCUAUUUUGUGAAGUACACCAGUCCCUCCUGCAGCAAAGCACCCCCACAGCAUGAUGCUGCCACCCCCGUACUUCACGGUUGGGAUGGUGUUCUUCAGCUUGCAAGCUCCCCCCUUUUUCCUCCAAACAUAACGAUGGUCAUUAUGGUCAAACAGUUCUAUUUUUGUUUCAUCAGACCAAAGGACAUUUCUCCAAAAAGUACGAUCUUUGUCCCCAUGUGCAGUUGCAAACCGUAGUCUGGCUUUUUUAUGGUGGUUUUGGAGCAGUGGCUUCUUCCUUGCUGAGCAGCCUUUCAGGUUAUGUCGAUAUAGGACUCCUUUUACUGUGGAUAUAGAUACUUUUGUACCUGUUUCCUCCAGCAUCUUUGCUGUUGUUCUGGGAUUGAUUUGCACUUUUCGCACCAAAGUACGUUCAUCUCUAGGAGACAGAACGCGUCUCCUUCCUGAGCGGUAUGAUGGCUGCGUGGUCCCAUGGUGUUUAUACUUGCGUACUAUUGUUUGUACAGAUGAACGUGGUACCUUCAGGCGUUUGGAAAUUGCUCCCAAGGAUGCACCAGACUUGUGGAGGUCUACAAAAAAAAUUCUGAGGUCUUGGCUGAUUUAUUUUGAUUUUCCCAUGAUUUCAAGCAAAGAGGCACUGCGUUUGAAGGUAGGCCUUGAAAUACAUCCACAGGUACACCUCCAAUUGACUCAAUGAUGUCAAUUAGCCUAUCAGAAGCUUCUAAAGCCAUGACAUCAUUUUCUGGAAUUUUCCAAGCUGUAUAAAGGCACAGUCAACUUAGUGUAUGUAAACUUCUGACCCACUGGAAUUGUGAUACAGUGAAUUAUAAGUGAAAUAAUCUGUCUGUGAACAAUUGUUGGGAAAAUUACGUGUCAUGCACAAAGUAGAUGUCCUAACCGACUUGCCAAAACUAUAGUUUGCUAACAAAAAUUUGUGGAGUGGUUGAAAAACAAGUUUUAAUGACUCCAACCUAAGUGUAUGUAAACUUCCGACUUCAACUGUAUACACUACCAGUCAAAAGGGUUUUUCUUUAUAUAUAUAUAUAUAUAUAUAAAAAAAAUUACAUUGUAGAAUAAUAGUGAAGACAUCAAAACUAUGAAAUAACACACAUGGAAUCAUGUAGUAACCAAAAAAGUGUUAAACAAUUUACCGUUAAUUCCUAUAAUUUCUAAUCUACAAUGUUUGUUACUUUGGUUACGGUCAUUUGUUUUACUGCAUUCAAUAUUAUUAUUCCAGUCUUCCUGUUCUCGUUGUCGGAGUGGACACGUUGUUUUCAGAGUGCAAAACCUAUGCUACACUUGUGAGAAACAAGUUUUGGUUUAUUUAAUCCCAUUUACGAGUUCUGUCAAUUUAGUCAUUGUCUUUUGUUUGGAGCGCUCCUGUCAAUGUUGAGUAAGGACUGAUUUACGGUUAUCCUGAUUACACAUAGAAGUAGACCUAUAGGCUAACUGGCCUGGAUGCAGAUGUAGACAUAUACAUGUGCCCAUUUGGGGAUCUGAUUGUAUUUCUGAUUGGCUUAACGCACUACCACUAAAUGACCUGUGGAGCUUCUCAAAGUCAUGUUUUCUUCACCUCAAACCACAAGCAAACAAAGUGUUUUUACAUCCAUUUGAGAAUGACAAUAGUUCCUCAAUGUAUUUGAAAAAUCUUUCCAGCUCUCUCUCCCUUUCGAUAACCACUAUGGAGAUCGCAUGGCUCGAUGUUUAUACACCCUGUCAACAACGUGUGUGGCUGAAAUAGCCGAAUCCACUAAAUGUAAGGGGUGUCCACAUACUUUUUUUGUAUAUAUAUAUAUAUAUAUAGUGUAUCAGCCAGGAUGGGAAUGGCACUUUUACUGCAGGGGUGUCAAACUCAAUCAGCACACGGGCCAUAUUGAAAACACAACGAAUUUGCGGACCAUAGACAUAGACAUGAACAAUUUAAUGUUUGAACAAAACAACGAGCAACUGAUCUAACCAGGCCUCUGUUUUUAUUUUUAUUUAAAUAUGUCCCUUUAUAAUGUCCAGUUAUAGGAUGCUCUAUAUAGCAUAAAUAUGUCCCUUUAUAAUGUCCAGUUAUAGGAUGCUCUAUAUAGCAUAAAUAUGUCCCUUUAUAAUGUCCAGUUAUAGGAUGCUGUAUAUAGCAUAAAUAUGUCCCUUUAUAAUGUCCAGUUAUAGGAUGCUCUAUAUAGCAUAAAUAUGUCCCUUUAUAAUGUCCAGUUAUAGGAUGCUCUAUAUAGCAUAAAUAUGUCCCUUUAUAAUGUCCAGUUAUAGGAUGCUGUAUAUAGCAUAAAUAUGUCCCUUUAUAAUGUCCACUUAUAGGAUGCUGUAUAUAGCAUAAAUAUGUCCCUUUAUAAUGUCCAGUUAUAGGAUGCUCUAUAUAGCAUAAAUAUGUCCCUUUUAUAAUGUCCAGUUAUAGGAUGCUGUAUAUAGCAUAAAUAUGUCCCUUUAUAAUGUCCAGUUAUAGGAUGCUGUAUAUAGCAUAAAUAUGUCCCUUUAUAAUGUCCAGUUAUAGGAUGCUGUAUAUAGCAUAAAUAUGUCCCUUUAUAAUGUCCAGUUAUAGGAUGCUGUAUAUAGCAUAAAUAUGUCCCUUUAUAAUGUCCAGUUAUAGGAUGCUCUAUAUAGCAUAAAUAUGUCCCUUUAUAAUGUCCAGUUAUAGGAUGCUCUAUAUAGCAUAAAUAUGUCCCUUUAUAAUGUCCAGUUAUAGGAUGCUGUAUAUAGCAUAAAUAUGUCCCUUUAUAAUGUCCAGUUAUAGGAUGCUCUAUAUAGCAUAAAUAUGUCCCUUUAUAAUGUCCAGUUAUAGGAUGCUGUAUAUAGCAUAAAUAUGUCCCUUUAUAAUGUCCAGUUAUAGGAUGCUCUAUAUAGCAUAAAUAUGUCCCUUUAUAAUGUCCAGUUAUAGGAUGCUGUAUAUAGCAUAAAUAUGUCCCUUUAUAAUGUCCAGUUAUAGGAUGCUGUAUAUAGCAUAAAUAUGUCCCUUUAUAAUGUCCAGUUAUAGGAUGCUCUAUAUAGCAUAAAUAUGUCCCUUUAUAAUGUCCAGUUAUAGGAUGCUCUAUAUAGCAUAAAUAUGUCCCUUUAUAAUGUCCAGUUAUAGGAUGCUCUAUAUAGCAUAAAUAUGUCCCUUUAUAAUGUCCAGUUAUAGGAUGCUGUAUAUAGCAUAAAUAUGUCCCUUUAUAAUGUCCAGUUAUAGGAUGCUCUAUAUAGCAUAAAUAUGUCCCUUUAUAAUGUCCAGUUAUAGGAUGCUGUAUAUAGCAUAAAUAUGUCCCUUUAUAAUGUCCAGUUAUAGGAUGUUCUAUAUAGCAUAAUAAUUGUCCCUUUAUAAUGUCCAGUUAUGGAUGCUCUAUAUAGCAUAAAUAUGUCCCUUUAUAAUGUCCAGUUAUAGGAUGCUCUAUAUAGCAUAAAUAUGUCCCUUUAAUGUCCAGUUAUAGGAUGCUCUAUAUAGCAUAAAUAUGUCCCUUUAUAAUGUCCAGUUAUAGGAUGCUCUAUAUAGCAUAAUAUGUCCCUUUAUAAUGUCCAGUUAUAGGAUGCUCUAUUUAGCAUAAAUAUGUCCCUUUAUAAUGUCCAGUUAUAGGAUGCUCUAUAUAGCAUAAAUAUGUCCCUUUAUAAUGUCCAGUUAUAGGAUGCUCUAUAUAGCAUAAAUAUGUCCCUUUAUAAUGUCCAGUUAUAGGAUGCUCUAUAUAGCAUAAAUAUGUCCCUUUUAUAAUGUCCAGUUAUAGGAUGCUCUAUAUAGCAUAAAUAUGUCCCUUUAUAAUGUCCAGUUAUAGGAUGCUCUAUAUAGCAUAAAUAUGUCCCUUUAUAAUGUCCAGUUAUAGGAUGCUGUAUAUAGCAUAAAUAUGUCCCUUUAUAAUGUCCAGUUAUAGGAUGCUCUAUAUAGCAUAAAUAUGUCCCUUUAUAAUGUCCAGUUAUAGGAUGCUGUAUAUAGCAUAAAUAUGUCCCUUUAUAAUGUCCAGUUAUAGGAUGCUCUAUAUAGCAUAAAUAUGUCCCUUUAUAAUGUCCAGUUAUAGGAUGCUGUAUAUAGCAUAAAUAUGUCCCUUUAUAAUGUCCAGUUAUAGGAUGCUCUAUAUAGCAUAAAUAUGUCCCUUUAUAAUGUCCAGUUAUAGGAUGCUCUAUAUAGCAUAAAUAUGUCCCUUUAUAAUGUCCAGUUAUAGGAUGCUCUAUAUAGCAUAAAUAUGUCCCUUUUAUAAUGUCCAGUUAUAGGAUGCUCUAUAUAGCAUAAAUAUGUCCCUUUAUAAUGUCCAGUUAUAGGAUGCUGUAUAUAGCAUAAAUAUGUCCCUUUAUAAUGUCCAGUUAUAGGAUGCUGUAUAUAGCAUAAAUAUGUCCCUUUAUAAUGUCCAGUUAUAGGAUGCUCUAUAUAGCAUAAAUAUGUCCCUUUAUAAUGUCCAGUUAUAGGAUGCUGUAUAUAGCAUAAAUAUGUCCCUUUAUAAUGUCCAGUUAUAGGAUGCUCUAUAUAGCAUAAAUAUGUCCCUUUAUAAUGUCCAGUUAUAGGAUGCUGUAUAUAGCAUAAAUAUGUCCCUUUAUAAUGUCCAGUUAUAGGAUGCUCUAUAUAGCAUAAAUAUGUCCCUUUAUAAUGUCCAGUUAUAGGAUGCUGUAUAUAGCAUAAAUAUGUCCCUUUAUAAUGUCCAGUUAUAGGAUGCUGUAUAUAGCAUAAAUAUGUCCCUUUAUAAUGUCCAGUUAUAGGAUGCUGUAUAUAGCAUUUUAACAUAUUAAAACAAGAGAUCAAUAAUAUUUGUCCAGCCUUUGCUGCUAUGCUUGCAGGUGUGCAUAAUAUGCUGCGACCAAAAUCAAACGUUUUUUUAUUUUUAUAACUUCAAAUAACAAACGUAGCUAGGUUGUUGUAACAUUUUUAAAUGUAAAACAUGUAUUUUUGUAAAUAUAUAUAUAUAUAUAUAUAUAUAUAUAUAUAUAUAUAUAUAUAUAUAUUUUUUUUUUUGCAUUAAGUGGAACACCAGUGCAGUUGAAUGCAGCAUUGCUGUAUGGCGCUCAAUGCGUUGCCUAGGCUACUGCUCAAAUGUUGCUGUAGUAGGCCUACAUGUUGUUUUUAUUUGUGAAGGUAUUUUUUGGGAGGGGGGGGGUUAUUUAUUGUCAAGCUGUAGCAACCGAAGCCAGGCAGAGGCUGUAGAAUGUGUCUGUACAGCGUUCCGUCUGCUCAACGCUGUAAACGGGACACGAGAAAGCGGCGCAAUUGACGUUGAAAUCACAGACGCGAGCGCAUCAUCAGGCUGUAAAUCUCAUGAAGUAGAUGACUCAGCUGUUAAUAAUAUAAUAAUAAUAUAAUAUGCCAUUUAGCAGACGCUUUUAUCCAAAGCGACUUACAGUCAUGUGUGCAUACAUUUUUAGGUAUGGGUGGUCCCGGGGAUCGAACCCACUACCCUGGCGUUACAAGCGCCAUGCUCUACCAAUUGAGCUACAGAGGACCUGUUGACUCAUUUUGUUACUCGCUUGUGUGUCCUAUUGUCCUUUUUUUUUUUUUUGUAGUAAUUUAUAAUCACGUGUGAAUCCUUUUUUUAUCUUGUAACUUUUUGACAACCAAUAUGACAUUUUCCGUAGGCUACAGCAAUGGCCCGUUGGAACCGGCACUUGGUGUGGGAAUUCAGCCUACAACAGGUUGAAAACUUUCAGUCCGGUAGAAGAUUUGGUCAGUGCCAUUGGUGAUGACGUGAUACAGUACACUGGCUGUGGUUCUGGGAGGAGGGGUGUGGUUCUGGUAGGAGGGGUGUGUAUGGCGUGCUCAUGUGUGGUUCUGGGGGGGGGGGGUGGCAAUGCAUCGCCUUUUGGCGUGCAGCAUGUUGGCCGUGCUUGCUGUGACUUGUAGCGCGGCGCGGUAUGGAAUCGGCCCCAAAAUGAAUUGAUAACCCCAAAUCAUUGCGCGGGCCUUGUGUUUGACAAGUUGUUUUAAAGAGUCUGCGCACUCACCACCUGCAUGUGUGCAAGAGGACUGAGCCGUCGAUUGUGCCGCCGAUGUUAUUCGUGGCGGUGUCUGUUUUUAGUGCCGUUGCGUGGCCCGCGCAAUGAUAGGCGGCAGGUACGCUUAGUGGUUAAGACCGUUGUGCCAGUAACCGAAAGGUCGCUGGUUCUAAUCCCCGAGCCGACUAGGUGAAAAAUCUGUCUGUGCCCUUGAGCAAGCACUUAAACCCUAUUGCUCAUGUAAGUCGCUCUGGAAAAGAGCGUCUGCUAAAUGACUCAAAAUGUUGCAGAGAGAGAGAGAGAGAAGAGAGAGAGAGAGAAAGAGAGAGAGAGAGAGAGAGAUGAGAGAGAGAGAGAGAUAGAAGAUAGCUAUAGAUAGAGAAGAUACAUAGAGAUAGAUAUCGAGCUAUAUCUCUCUCUCUCUCUCUCUUCUAGAGUAUAUAAUCGCUAGAGCUAUCGAAGAGGCUCUUCUAGCUCUCUCUCCCUCGUUUCUCUCUCCCAGAUAGAGAGAGAGAGAACUAGUAGACAGACAGAGAUAGAGCUAGUAGAACUAGCGUAGACGACCGUAGAGAGAGGAGUCUAGUAGACAGACAGAGAGAGAGAACUAGGUAGACAGACAGAGAGAGAGAACUAGGUAGACAGACAGAGAGAGAGAACUCGUAACAGACGAGAGAGAGAACUAGUUAACAAGAACAAACUGACAGACAGAAGAGAAGAGAACUAGGUAGACAACACAGACGAGAAGAGAGAACUAGGUAGACAGACAGAGAGAGAGAACUAGGUAGACAGACAGACAGACAGACAGAGAGAGAGAACUAGGUAGACAGACAGACAGACAGACAGAGAGAGAGAACUAGGUAGACAGACAGACAGACAGACAGAGAGAGAGAACUAGGUAGCCAAUUCAUAACAUAUCUUGUAGCCUCUAGUUAACUCUUGCGCUAUUAUUAGCAUGUACUAAUGUUUUCGUCAUGUCCCCCCAAAAAAACUUCGUAAUAAGGCCAUACGAAGUUCAUUGACUUUAUUGAACGAUUGAUAAGGAUUCAUUUGAACGAUUUAUUUCUUGACGAAAUGAAGAUUCACUUCGCCAUUUGUAUUAUUUUGGAUUUGGUUCAAUUGCGGUGACUCAAAAUAAUAAUUAGAAUCCCGAAGAGUAAUUUCUUUAGGAUUAUGCGGCUUCAAAACGUGUUUUGUAGAUACUUCCAGUUGAUUUGGGCAUCCAAUGUAUGGGACAUUGCAACUCAAUAGAUGCUAGUCAGCCUUCAAAGUAAACACUUAGAACUAAGGUAGCUAAGAUAAAUAUGACUAACAUGAAAAGGUAAAUUUCCUGAAGACAAUUUGUGGGCUUGCUUCAUCUGAAUAAAUAGACUUGUAGCCUACCAUAGCCAGUUGAUCUUUCUUUGAUAUAUUGAAUGAGCAAAUUAUUUAAAAAGGCAUAAAACGUAUUUGGUUGCAAUGUUUUACAUCAAGGGUGGUCAAACAUCCUCCCGGAGAGCUAAUGGGUGGUCAACCAUUAUUACAUUUACGUCAUUUAGCAGACGCUCUUAUCCAGAGCGACUUACAGUUAGUGAAUACAUUAUUUAUUUAUUUUAUAUACUGGCCCCCCGUGGGAAUCGAACCCACAACCCUGGCGUUGCAAACGCCAUGCUCUAUCAACUGAGCUACAUCCCUGCCGGCCAUUCCCUCCCCUACCCUGGACGACGCUGGGCCAAUUGUGCGCCGCCCAUGAGUCUCCCGGUCGCGGCCGGCUGCGACAGAGCCUGGAUUCGAACCAGGAUCUCUAGUGGCACAGUGCCUUAGACCACUGCGCCACUCAUCCUCCAGGAGAGCUGAUGGGUGGUCAACCAAUCCUCCAGGAGAGCUGAUGGGUGGUCAACCAUCCUCCAGGAGAGCUAAUGGGUGGUCAACCAUCCUCCAGGAGAGCUAAUGGGUGGUCAACCAUCCUCCAGGAGAGCUAAUGGGUGGUCAACCAAUCCUCCGGGAGAGCUGAUGGGUGGUCAACCAAUCCUCCAGGAGAGCUGAUGGGUGGUCAACCAAUCCUCCAGGAGAGCUGAUGGGUGGUCAACCAAUCCUCCAGGAGAGCUAAUGGGUGGUCAACCAAUCCUCCAGGAGAGCUGAUGGGUGGUCAACCAAUCCUCCAGGAGAGCUGAUGGGUGGUCAACCAUCCUCCAGGAGAGCUAAUGGGUGGUCAACCAAUCCUCCGGGAGAGCUGAUGGGUGGUCAAACCAAUCCUCCAGGAGAGCUGAUGGGUGGUCAACCAAUCCUCCAGGAGAGCUGAUGGGUGGUCAACCAAUCCUCCAGGAGAGCUAAUGGGUGGUCAACCAAUCCUCCGGGAGAGCUGAUGGGUGGUCAACCAAUCCUCCAGGAGAGCUGAUGGGUGGUCAACCAAUCCUCCAGGAGAGCUGAUGGGUGGUCAACCAAUCCUCCAGGAGAGCUAAUGGGUGGUCAACCAAUCCUCCAGGAGAGCUGAUGGGUGGUCAACCAAUCCUCCAGGAGAGCUGAUGGGUGGUCAACCAUCCUCCAGGAGAGCUAAUGGGUGGUCAACCAAUCCUCCAGGAGAGCUGAUGGGUGUGCAGGCUUUUAUUCCCCUCAAACUACAUUUUAGUAAUGAGCUGCUCAACCGGACCUUGAAAAACUUUCUCUGAUGUGUUUGAGCAGACCCAGUAGCGCUCCGGACUGAGGGUUGACAACAUGUGUUUUAUACAGUUGCCUAACAGGUAUUCUACUUUGUGGGGGGUUAUGAGCCUUGCACAACAACAGGAGAUGGUACAUGGGAUCAGAGAGCAGCCUCCCAGUGUUGAUAUCACAUGACUUACUUUUUUAUAUGUACAUAGAGAUGCUGCCGAUUGUUGCUCAUGGGAAAAGUCAUGAAAUUCCGUCUUUCGAAAUGUGUAUGAACCCUUAGACGUAUAAUCAGAUUUCUGCUCUCAUAGGUUUUUAGGAAAUAUUUUUCCAGACGGAUUGCGUCUGGUCCUAGACUGCAAAGGUGAAUCUCUAUAAGGAAUAGAAUUUGUUUAAUUUGGGUCCGAGAAAUUGUCCCUCAUGCUGCGUUCUACACAGGCAGCCCAAUUCUGAUCUUUUGCACAAUUAUUGGCAACAGAUCUGAUCUGAUUGGUCCAAAGACCAAUAAUUGGGCAAAGGAUCAGAAUUUGGCUGCCUGUGUAAACACAGCCUUAGUUAUUAUUAUUUUUUUUUACCUGUGUUUUAAUCCUACUGUUGGGAUGUUUUAAUCCUACUGUUGGGAUGUUUUAGUCCUACUGUUGGGAUGUUUUAGUCCUACUGUUGGGAUGUUUUAGUCCUACUGUUGGGAUGUUUUAGUCCUACUGUUGGGAUGUUUUAGUCCUACUGUUGGGAUGUUUUAGUCCUACUGUUGGGAUGUUUUAGUCCUACUGUUGGGAUGUUUUAGUCCUACUGUUGGGAUGUUGGGAUGUUUUAGUCCUACUGUUGGGAUGUUUUAGUCCUACUGUUGGGAUGUUUUAGUCCUACUGUUGGGAUGUUUUAGUCCUACUGUUGGGAUGUUGGGAUGUUUUAGUCCUACUGUUGGGAUGUUUUAGUCCUACUGUUGGGAUGUUUUAGUCCUACUGUUGGGAUGUUGGGAUGUUUUAGUCCUACUGUUGGGAUGUUUUAGUACUUGGAGUUUAGUCCUAUGUGGGUUGGGAUGUUUUAAUCUAAGUUGGGAUGUUUUAGUCCUACUGUUGGAGAUGUAUGGGGAUGUUUAGUCCUACUGUUGGGAUGUUUUAGUCCUACUGUUGGGAUGUUUUAGUCCUACUGUUGGGAUGUUUUAGUCCUACUGUUGGGAUGUUUUAGUCCUACAGUUGGGAUGUUUUAGUCCUACUGUUGGGAUGUUUUAGUCCUACUGUUGGGAUGUUUUAGUCCUACUGUUGGGAUGUUUUAGUCCUACUGUUGGGAUGUUUUAGUCCUACUGUUGGGAUGUUUUAAUCGUAAUGUUGGGAUGUUUUAGUCCUACUGUUGGGAUGUUGGGAUGUUUUAGUCCUACUGUUGGGAUGUUUUAGUCCUACUGUUGGGAUGUUUUAAUCGUAAUGUUGGGAUGUCCCUCCUCCCUCCAGCCCAGCCUGGUGACUCGACACAGGGAGACAACGGAACUACGGAGGCUCCCUCGUCGUCCUCGGCAACUACCGAGUCCAACGCUGUGACGACGUCUGGCAGAGCCUUCACCAUGGUUACUCAGUCCACGCCCACACCUGGGCCCUCCGUACCUGUUAGGACACUAUUACACCUGGCUUUCAUACUGUCAACUCUACUGUGGUUAGCGUACUUGGGGUUGUGGUUAGUACUUGGGGUUGUGGUUAGUACUUGGAGUUGUGGGUAGUACUUGGGGUUGUGGUUAGUACUUGGAGUUGUGGGUAGUACUUGGGGUUGUGGUUAGUACUUGGGGUUGUGGUUAGCGUACUUGGGGUUGUGGGUAGUACUUGGGGUUGUGGUAAGCGUACUUGGGGUUGUGGUUAGUACUUGGGGUUGUGGGUAGUACUUGGGGUUGUGGGUAGUACUUGGGGUUGUGGGUAGUACUUGGGGUUGUGGGUAGUACUUGGGGUUGUGGUUAGCGUACUUGGGGUUGUGGGUAGUACUUGGGGUUGUGGGUAGUACUUGGGGUUGUGGUUAGUACUUGGGGUUGUGGUUAGUACUUGGGGUUGUGGUUAGUACUUGGGGUUCUGGGUAGUACUUGGGGUUGUGGGUAGCGUACUUGGGGUUGUGGGUAGUACUUGGGGUUGUGGGUAGUACUUGCCAUGGAAGGUAGGCAACUGGUUCGAGCCCCACAGCCAGUCUCUGCACUAAAAAUUGUUUUCACAUCAAUUAUUUUGGACAUCAUGGGUGGGUAGCAUCAACAUGGAUUAACUAUUAACCUGGUUAAAUCAAGGUUGAUCUAUUAAUCAAACUUUAAACCAAGUUUUUAAUUAAUCCUAGUAUUAAUUUAACCUUAAUCUAAGAUUAAUUUAAACCAUGUUGAUGCAACCCGCCCAGUAAGUUUCCUUCUCUCUUCCUCUCCUCUCUCUCUUCCUCUCCUCGUCCUCACCUCUCUCUCUUCUCAUUCUCUUCCGCUCUCCUCUUCUCUCUCUCUCCCUCUCCCUCUUCUCUCUCCUCCUCUCCCUCUUCUCUCCUGCUCUCCUCCUCAUCUCCUCUCUCUCCCUCUUCUCUCUCCUGCUCUCUGCCUCUUCUCUCUUCCCCUCUUCUCUCUCCUUCUCUCUCUCUCUCUCCUCUUCUCUCUCCUCUCUCUCUCUCUCCUGCUCUCCCUCUUCUCUCUCCUGCUCUCCCUCUUCUCUCUCCUGCUCUCCCUCUUCUCUCUCCUCCUCUCUCUCUUCGCUCUCCUCCUCUCUCUCUUCGCUCUCCUCUCUUCUCUCGCUCUCCUCUCUUCUCUCUCUCCUUCACUCUCUUUUCUCCCUCUUCUCUCUUCUAUGUUCUCCAGGAGAUCUCAUCAAUGUCUGGGUUGUCUGAGGCGGUGGCAUCGGGGGCUGAAGAGGAAGAGGAGGCCAUGCAGACUGACUCUCUCCCAGAGGGCACAAUAAGGGUUGUGACCCUGGAGGAGGCUGCUGCAGCUGGGAUACAGGUCCAUGUGGAGGGCAUGGAGGAACAGAACCAGGGGGAGCAGGAGGUACAGUUCAGUUCUGAGUUUCGUUGUGAAGGUGUGUGAAUAUGUCCUGGCAGUGUAACACAACAAAGAUAUUGAAUUGUCCUCCUCAACAAUGUUCCCCUUCUCUGCAUCCUGUUCUCUAGGGCCUGCCUGCAGAGCUGAUGUCUGAAGGUGGCGCUGGGGGCCAGCAGACACUGAUGGUGACGGGUUUAACCCCCGAGGAGCUGGCUGUUACCGCUGCAGCCGAGGAGGCAGCACAGCACGCUGCUACUGGGGAGGCUAACGCCCAGGCCAUGGCCAUACAAGCUGUCCUGCAGGCCGCACAGCACACUGUCAUGAGUGAGUACACACAGAGACAGACAGACACAGAGACAGAGACAGACAGAGACAGAGACAGACAGACACAGAGACAGACAGACACAGAGACAGACAGACACAGAGACAGACAGACACAGAGACAGACAGACACAGAGACAGACAGAGACAGACAGACGCAGAGACAGGCAGACGCAGAGACAGGCAGACGCAGAGACAGGCAGACGCAGAGACAGGCAGACGCAGAGACAGGCAGACGCAGAGACAGGCAGACACAGAGACAGGCAGACACAGAGACAGGCAGACACAGAGACAGGCAGACACAGAGACAGGCAGACACAGAGACAGGCAGACACAGAGACAGGCAGACACAGAGACAGGCAGACACAGAGACAGGCAGACACAGAGACAGGCAGACACAGAGACAGGCAGACACAGAGACAGGCAGACAGAGCACAGAGACAGGCAGACAGAGCACAGAGACAGACAGACAGAGCACAGAGACAGACAGACAGAGCACAGAGACAGACAGACAGAGCACAGAGACAGACAGACAGAGCAGAGAGACAGAGAGCCGGGCAGACAGACCAACAGACACAGAACAGAGAGCCGGGCAGACAGACCAACAGACACAGAACAGAGAGACAGAGAGCCGGGCGGGCAGACAGACAGACAGACAGACACAGAACAGACACAGAACAGACACAGGACAGACACAGGACAGACACAGGACAGACACAGGACAGACAGAGGACAGACAGACAGACACAGGACAGACAGACAGACAGACACAGGACAGACAGACAGACAGGACAGACAGACAGACAGACAGACAGACAGACAGACAGACAGACAGACAGACAGACAGACAGACAGAGAGCCGGGCAGACAGACAGACAGAGAGCCGGGCAGACAGACAGAUAGAGAGCCGGGCAGACAGACAGAUAGAGAGCCGGACAGACAGACAGACAGACAGAUAGAGAGCCGGGCAGACAGACAGAUAGACAGAGAGCCGGGCAGAGGGCCGGGCAGACAGACAGACAGACAGAGGGCCAGACAGACAGACAGAGAGCCGGGCAGACAGACAGAGAGCCGGGCGGGCAGACAGACAGAGAGCCGGGCGGGCAGACAGACAGAGAGCCGGGCGGGCAGACAGACAGAGAGGCGGGCGGGCAGACAGACAGAGAGGCGGGCGGGCAGACAGACAGAGAGGCGGGCGGGCAGACAGACAGAGAGCCGGGCAGACAGACAGACAGAGAGGCGGGCAGACAGACAGACAGAGAGGCGGGCAGACAGACAGACAGAGAGGCGGGCAGACAGACAGAGGCGGGCAGACAGACAGACAGAGAGGCGGGCAGACAGACAGACAGAGAGGCGGGCAGACAGACAGACAGAGAGGCGGGCAGACAGACAGACAGAGAGGCGGGCAGACAGACAGACAGAGAGGCGGGCAGACAGACAGACAGAGAGGCGGGCAGACAGACAGACAGAGAGGCGGGCAGACAGACAGACAGAGAGCCGGGCAGACAGACCUAGAGCAGACAGACCAGGCCCUGGCCACGGCAUGCUGUCAUGA